GACUGACUCACACCAGGUUUCUCAGGACCUCACAGUCUCAUGUGUCACUCUAAUAAAUGACACAAAAAUGGAAAAAGACACCUUGGUCCUGAGUGAAAGUUUCUGAUCAGAAAAAUUAGACUUUAACUAAAAGUUAAAUGUGAUGAUGAGGACAUGUUCAGCCCUGAAACACUCAGACUCACGCUGUACUCCUGAUCCAGAGUAUCGGUGUCCACAGACCUGAGGGAGGACAGCAGGGAGGACAGCAGCUCCAUGUGGCAUCGAAUAACAUCCAACAAACACCCGCAAGCGUCCGACACCUCUAUUCUGAGUGUGUGUGUGUGUGUGUGUGAGAGAGAGAGAGAGAGAGAGAGAGAGAGAGAGAGAGAGAGAGAGAGAGAGAGAGAGAGAGAGAGAGAGAGUCUGUGUGUGGUAGAGCUGCGGCUUCAAACUGACCAUGCAAAAUGAAACUACGCUGAGUGUCUCUCUUAGUUCUCUCUUUACGUCUCAGAGUUCUGCCUCUAUAUUUACACCUGUUAGUCAAUGAUUUAACAGCAGAUAACCCCCACCCCCUUCUCUCUCUCAGAGCAGGAAGUGUGGGGAAACUUUGACUGAAAUAACAGAAAGUUUAGGUUUGUAACUCGAUUACUCCACCGAGUUUAAGCGAACAGAUUUUGUCACACAGAGGUUUCCUUCCUCUGGUUGACGUAUUGAGGAAACAUAAAAUAGUUUCACCUGUGUGUGUCUGCUGCAGGGAGUUUGCAGACCAAGAUGCACAAGAGAAGGAAGUGUUCAUCGAUCCACUGGAGACAGGAGUUGAUAACCAGCUUUGCAGCCUCAUACUGUCCCUGAAGACAUACAGGAGGACCAACACUGCAAAUGACAAAGAUGAAAAUGAAAAGAAAACAAAGAAACAGGGUUACUUAAAAGGCCAUAAUGAAUAAGAACUGUAUGAUAGAGUAGAUACAUACAGUAUUGGUACCUUGCUUUAAAGUAGACAUAUUGAAUCUUUAUUUAAAGUUGUAAAGAGGCGGAAACCUACCUCUUAACAAAUGAAAAGGGGAGAAGUAAGGAGGGCAACUCAAAUAUAAAGGAAAAGAAACCAACAAAGAAGAGGGAGGCUGCACAAAAAAAUAAAUUAAAUUCACAAAAAGGGUCCACAGACAAACAUAAAACACAGGUAUAAUUUUUAUAAUUAAAUGAUAAUAUAUUAACAUUUUACACAGCUUCUUGCUCUCACAUUCAGUUUUCUAGCUGCAAAAGUUAAUCAUGGCUCUCUAAUGAUGCAGCUGAUUAAUUAAAUUCAACUAAUAUAACUGGCAGCGGCGUUGAUAUUUUAGCGAACUUUAAACAUCAAUUUUGUGAAAAUGUGCGAAAAAUCUUCCCUGAGUGGAGAUCUUUAUUUUCAACAACUUAAGCAGACAUGUACGGUGGCUGAGAACUGCCACUGCUGCAAAUAAAAAAGAAUGCAAAAAAAAAAAAAAAAAGAAACCACAACAGAAGUUACUCAGGAAACUGAAUCCCACUGCAAAUAAAAUGUCUAUGUGUCUGUCUUUAUAGAGACAACUUGUUAUCGCUUGAUUGCAUGUGAAUCUGCGGGUUCUUGUGAGUUCUCGCGAUUACCACUGUCCAUAAUCCGCCAUGAAAUUUGCCUCACAAAUGGAUCCGGUAGGAAUUGGCGGACGCAAUCCGGAUUGGAGCCGUUCCAAAUGCGGUGAAAAUUAGGGGUCAGAGAUCACUGUAAACUACAUUCAAAUAACUGCCUGUAUUUGAGAAUUUGGGGUCACAAGCUUUAUGAAGAGCCACAAAAGGAAAAAAAAAAAUCUAACUUAAAGCACAUGGCCACGGUUAGUUAGAGCAGUUCAAGGUUGGAAAAGUGUCCAACGCCUCUAAAGCACAGUGGCAGAGAACUGCCGCUGCUGCAAAUAAAAAGGAAUGCAAAAAAAAAAAGAGGUCACAAUGGAAGUUACUGAUGCAAAAUAAAAAAGAAAGAAACUGAAGCCUGCUGCAAAUAAAAAAGAAAGGGUGCAGAUUUAAAAAAAAGCCACAACAGAAGUUAACGAUGCAAAAAAAAAAAAAAAAAAAGUGACUUACUGUGAAAACAAAAGGAUGCAAACAAAAAAAGCCACAGCAAAAGUGAGCUGCUGAGGACCCAUAAUGAUGAUGCACCAGUGUUUAUGAUCCAGGCACAGUAGACGAGCAAAGAAGUAAGCUGAAAGGUUAUUGAUUACAGUUUUUCUCAGUCCCUUUGGUACAUUUCUCGAAUCAUCCUUGACAUUUGCAAAACAGUAAGUCCUUUUCUCAAAACAAUUUGUACAAAUAGCAAAACACCAUGGACUACCUGCAAAAGCCAGUCUCUUGCUCAAAAUCCUUAGUACAUCUCUCAAAAGUAAAUAUCCGUGUCAAUGAACAUGUCAGUGCCAUUAGAAUGACAAGUCCUUGUGUCAUUGUGUAUGGAUAAGACAGUCAAAUUGCUUAGUCAUGUUGUCAGUAUAACAGUGUACCCUGGAGGGAUGUUCUGAUGUAAACUAUGGCUAAAGUUUUGAUGACAAUCAUUGUAAAUUGUAAGUUACACCUCAGUGUAUGUGGGAGAUUGAUUGCAAGAGACUGUAAUUUGAUGACAGACCAUGUCAUUGUGAUACAGAAAAGAAAAAAACAGCAUUGCAGAGCACAAUAAAAAAAAACAAAAAAAAAAAAACGAAAGUAGAAAUGUGAACAUAGGACAAUUUCCUUAGGGAAAACUGGAAAUGCAGUGCUGUAGGAAUUACAGUACAGUCUUCCUACACCUCCUGAUGUUCCUGUCUGUUGGGCCACAAAUUCUUAUCCACAAAAUGUCACUCAUCCAAAAUGUCACUGUAUAUAGUAUACUUACUGUAUAUUGUAAAAUGAAAGUCGAAUACUGCAAUAUUGUAUGAAGCAUCACAGAAAGUAUACAGUAUUACAGUACAGUGCCUAUUGUUAGAUUACAUACCUGUUCUGUCAACGAAAUGUCUGAAUGAUUGAGAACACAGUUGUUCUCCCAACACUUGGCUGCACCCUUCGGCCAGCCUCAGCCAUUGUAAGCCCAUGAUUGAGAACGUGGUCUACAAGUGUAGCUCUUAUCUCAUCAGGAACGUGCAUAUGUCCUCUGCCUCUUCUGCCUCUUCCUCUGUUUUGCCUCCCAACUCCUCCGCCAUGCAGCCUCACUCCUCUUCUUCUCUCUGGCUGUCGACCCCGUCCAAUUCCUUGUCCUUCCAUUGUCAGACAUUGUAACAUUGUGUUGUGCCCUGGCAAUAUAUAUACUUGCCAGUUGAGGGUUCAUGAGACGCACCUUUGAGCUAUUUCAGAAAAGUGGUUGCUCAUUGGUUGAUCUAAUGCUUCACCACAUUUCCCACGGCUAGAGAAAGUCAAGAUUCACCUGGGAGGAAUUUACCAAUUCAGGACAGAUUCAAAAACGUCUAAUGGAAAUGUAUAGAAAUAUGCUUGACAUAUUAUGACAGCUUGUUCAACCAUUUUGCAUGUAAAGACUUAUGCAAUGAACUAAUGCCUAAAUGUUGAGGGGGGUGAGACUAUUCAACAGAGAACCAUUAUAAUACAUUUUGAUCAACAUGACAUAAGCAAUUGAUAAUGUAGAAAACAGCAGAAAAUUGUACAUAAUCAUUUGCAUGGAUGUACCAAAGCAUUUGCAAGUUGUUCAAAGAAAUGAGAAACUGCUUUUUUAAUGUGCACAAGUGGCACAAUGAUGUGAAGAUUGAACACGUAGUUUUGAGAAUUUCAAUUCUGAUCCGAGAAAUGUACCAAAGCGACUGAGAAAAACUGUAAUUUCACUGUUACGACAGUGUGUCAUUAAAAUUGUAUUAAUUAUUAUUAUUAUUAUUAUUAUUAUUAUUAUUAUUUUUUUUUUUUUUUUUUUGCAGGGGCAGUUCUCGGCCACCGCAGAAACGCAGCCUUGGCCCACCGUCUAAAUGAGUCGCUGAUUUUUCCGGAGUUUUGGAAAUCUUUGAAAGAGUUAAUAAGGUAAAUAAUAUUAUCUCAGCCAAUAAUAUCGGCUGAAAUAAACUAGUUUGAAGCUUAAAAAUGUGAAUAAAUAAGAAUGAAUCACGUAUACUCCGGUAAAAGUCCAGUUUGAAGCACAUCGAUGUGACUGACCUUACUUUGACUGACGCUGUUAGUGUUGGGUUCAGAGAUUGGAGUCAGAGUGAGAGCUCUGUCUGUGCUCUACUCCUCUUGGGUUCAGAGAAAAGAGUCGGAGUGAGACCUAUGUCUGUGCUCCUCUCUGCUCCUCUCUGUUAGCCGCACCGUCUCCUCCGCUAGCUUAGCCUGCUGCUAGCUAGCAGUCCAGGUAACCAUGGCCAUGUCUCAGGCUCUGUCAGAGGAGGAGUUUCAUCGGAUGCAGGUGAGAAAAAAAACACACCUGUGGUCUUAUUUCGGGUCGGUGGGCUCGCGCGCAGGUAGCUGUCAGCGCGUGUGUGCGUGCGGUAUCCAGGUGUGGCGUCAGUGUCAGCUAACAGUUAGUGUGUGUGUAUGUGUGUGACCUUUUUAUAAACGAAAUUAUGUUUUUAAAGUUUAAUUUUCUGAUUUAAAUUUAAGUCAGGGUCAGACUGAACCGGCCCACAGAUCAGAGGAGUCCUCCAGAACCCGGGUCCAAGAACCCGGGUUUAGCCUCAAAGGUGUUUUUAGCUGUUAGCAUGCUAGCAAGUCCACGGGAGAGUCACGGGGUGUGAGGAAGAGCCAUCAGACAUAUAUACACAUACAGAUACCGAUACAGAUAUACACACAGACACACACACACACACGCACACACACAGAUACACAUACACAAAUAUACACACAGACACAAACACAGAUAUACACACACAGACACAAACAGAUAUUCACACAGGCACAAACACAGAUAUACACACAGACACAAACACAGAUAUACACACACAGACACAAACAGAUAUACACACACAGACACAAACACAGAUAUACACAUAGACACAAACACAGACACACAUACAAACAGACACACCCACAGACUUACAAACGACACACAUUUAGACACACAAACAUACACCUGUUCACAUACAGACACACAGACACACAUACAAACACACACAGACACACACACACACACACAGACACACAUAAACAGACACAACCACAGAAUAACAAACGGCACACAAACAGACACACGUUCACAUACAGACACACAUACAGACCCACAAACAAACACACAUACACAUACAGACACACUCAGACACACAUACCAACACACACAGACACUCUUAGAUGCACACACAGACACAAACAGAUAUACACACACAGAUAUACACAUAGACACAAACACAGAUACACACACAGAUAUACACACACAGACACAAACACAAACAGACACACAUAUACAGACAGACACACACACAUACAGACACACAAACAGACACACACCCACAUACAAACAGACACAUAUAAAGACAUGUACAGACACACACAGUUACACAUACAAACAUACAAACAGACACACCCACAGACUAACAAAUGACACACAUUCAGACACACAAGCAGACAGAUACACGUACAAACAUACAAACAGACACAACCACAGACUAAAAAACGACACAGAAACAGACACAUGUUCACAUACAGACACACACACUCAGACACACAUACCAACACACAUGCAGACACACACAGACACUCUUAGAUGCACACACACACAGACAUAGACACACACAGACACAUAAACACACAUAUACAGACACACAAACUCAGACACACACACACACACUUGUUAGCAUCACUCAGGUGUGUUACCUGCAGACACACACACACACACCUGUUAGCAUCAGUCAAGUGUGUUACCUGCAGACACACACACACACACACACACACACACUUGUUAGCAUCAGUCAGGUGUGUUACCUGCAGACACACACACACACACACACACACACACACACACCUGUUAGCAUCAGUCAAGUGUGUUACCUGCAGACACACACACACACACACACACACACACACACACACACACACACACACACACACACACACACACACACAGAAUCUAAUCUAAUCUAAUUAUUGAAUCUAAUCAAUAAUCCUGAUAAUUUAAGUUUAUAAAAGUUCACUGAUGGUUGAUUUGGUUGUAAAGGUGAUUUUUAGUCUUUAACAGGGUGUCAGUGUUCUGGAGACUUUGAAUAUUAAUAAAAGUACUUAUAAUAUUUAGUAACUGAACAAGUAAACAAAUAACUAGAUCUGUAUCAGGACGGACCAAGGGGUUUUUAUUAAAGUAAGAUGUCAUAAAAAGAAAAAAAUAAUGUUACACAAAGUUUAAGAUGAUAACCUGAUUGACACCUUAACACACCUGUCUGAACAGGAGCGUGAAGAAGAAGAAGCUAACGCUCAUUCCUCCUCUUCAUCAGUCUCUGUUUAUUCUUUAAUCCAGUUCGAAAUGUUCAAUCAUCAUUUUUCAUGACACUGUUUGUAUUGAUUAUGAUCACAGACUGUAUAUAGAACGGACGCCCUCUGCCUCCUCUCUGGGUGAGAACAGCACCCUCUGGUGACGGGCUGCAGUAUAGGUCAUAAAUCCUGCCUCCUUAUGGAGCUGUGGACAGACUUUAUAAAUUAAUGACACAGAAUAUAAAUGUUUCUUCCCCCUGCUUGUGAUGUUGACAUGUAGUUACUGUCAGACUGGUUUGGGCUCAAGUUUAGGGCUGCACCUAACAAUUAUCUUCUUAUUGAUUAAUCUGUUGAUUAUUUUUUUUCAAUUAGUCCACUAAUCUAUCAACAAAUUAAUCGAUUAUUGUAACGAUUAUUUUUUAUUAACCGAUUAAUAUAACAAUGAAUUUAACCAAAAUAGCAAGUAAAGACUUGUCCUAUUCCUAUUAGUUUUUAAUUCAAUGAUUUAGUCAAGAAUCUCUUGAAAUCAAACAAAACAAAACAUUUAGGUUAUAAAAUCGAGGAGAUUUUCGCUGUGCGUGCCGGGCAGUUUUGCGGUUCCCUUGUCUGGUGGAUAUGAGCUCAUUAUGAAAGUAUUUGUUACUAAAUUACUCAUCUACAUAAGUAUAAGUGAAGCUGCACACUUUGAUUUAAAGUGUCUCCUGUAUGAGGCUCUCUGAACAUCUGUGCGUGAAAUACAGCACUCUUUUAUCUGAGGCUGCCCUGAAAGCAUCUCUCCGAGAUGGUGAAAGACUAUCAACGUAAAUAUUAUAUCUCACGUUGGUUUUACAACAAGCACUGUUUUAACAAAGUUGACAGCUUAACCCUUGUGCACCUCUUAAAAUUUACUGACACUUGUUAACCUCGUGGCCAAAAGUGGCCAGUCUAAUAAAAGUGCAGUAAAACAUCAUACAUUCAUAUUUUUUUUUAACUUUAAAGCAUUAUAUCUUGUCACCAACUCCAGACCUAUCCAUAGAUAUACAGUUUAUUAUAAUUUUUUGAUAUAUUUUUUUAGGUUUUUAGUGUCUUUUGUCGUAAGAACCCCUGAUUUUUUUAAUGGGAAAAACACAAAAUAUGCAAUAUUUCCAAAAAUGAGGUGCAAAAUGAAAUAUUUUUGAUAAAGAUAUAACAGCCCUGACCAUGUCAAUAAUUGAUAAAAAUAUUGAUUUUAAUACAUAAUUAUUUUUUGCACAAUGACAGUUUUCAGUAUAAACUAUCACUUGUUACCCUUGUGGCCAAAAGUGGCCGGUCCAAAAUUAGAACAUUCUAGAUAAUCACUGAACAUUCAGGAAGAUUAAGGACAUUCUGAAAGACCAAUAACAUUCCGUAACAUUAGGCCUGUCGCGAUAAUCAAUAAAUCGCCUUAUCGCUCGGUAAAUAAAAACGAGGUCGGUCAUUUUGCCAGCCUCGAUAAUUGACGUGCGUUUGUUUUCCUCCUCUCUCGCUACCAAACACGCUGGAUGAGAGAAGAGGACUCACUCUGCGCAUUGUUCUCGGCACCUGGGGGCGUUGGCUCUAUAGCGGAAUGAACGGAGUUAGUGAACCCUCCUGUCAGUCAUUCAGUGUCUUUGUCACGAGGGGGCUGGCGCGCACAGUCAGGCAGACAGACACAGACUUUUGGAUACAGUGCUGCAAGUGAGCGUCGUGAGUGAAAAGCAAGCAAACAGAAUGAACACGACAGCUUUGGUGUCUAAACCGAACGCAACAGCCCAAGUGUGGGAAUAUUUCGGCUUUAAUCCAGUUUUGUUUUCGUCAACCACAAAACUCAUGUGUGUGUGUGUGCGCACGCGCGCGCGUCUGUGUGUUGGAGGAGCACAGCAGGCUGAUGAGAGCUGUCAGAGCGGACUGAAGCGGCUCCUAUAUGUUUAGCGUUUAACUGACUGAGUUUUGCAACUCUGUUUGUCAUUUUCGUCUCGUCCCAUCAAUGUAAACGCACUUUCGUCUCGUCACAUUUUAGUCAUCUCUUAUGUUUAGCUCGUCAACGUUAUGUCUUCGUCGUGGAAGAAAGGGAAAUAUUUUAGUCAACGAAAACAGCCAGUGUUGUUCUCGUUGACGAAAAUAUUUCCCUUUUUUGACGCUGGCGUUGACGAAAAUAUUUGACGAAAUAUGACGAAAACAACACUGCUUUAAACCAAACGAAAGAGGUGAGCCCACAAAUACAGAUGAGCCGAUAUGUCGUAUUUGUUCCAAAGUUGUGGUGACAAAGAAGGGGAAUACGACGAACAUGCAUGUGCACCUCAAGCACAAUCAUCCCCUCCAUUUUUCCCAACUGAGCAAAAAAAGUACCGCCGGAGGUGCUGCGGAGCCAUCGUCCCGACAGGUACCGCUUACUGAAGCGUUUGGUAAGCAAAGCAAAUAUAAACAAAACAGCGCAAAAUGGUGCGCGCUGACAGACAGUGGAAAUUAAAGUUUAUCACUUUUGACAAGGUGUACUCGCAUUAUUAUGCCAUAUAAUAUCAUUAUCUAUAAUUUAAAAAACGGUGUCAAUAAUAUCGUUUAUCGGCGAUAAUUUGUAGCACAAUUAUUGUCCAGCAAAAUUUGUUAUCAUGAUAGGCCUACGUAACAUCAAUAACAUUCCGGAAAGUUUGAGAAAAUUUUGGACUUUUGGAAACAUACUCGAACUGUCUGGGAACAUCUGUGACAUUACAGAACCUUCCUAUGAAUUCUGAAGUCAUCAGAACCGCUCUGAGGAUGUUAGGGGGACACUGUUGGGUCCUCUGCUCAGCACCAUAGACUGUAUCUAGAAUGGACGCUGUCUGCCUCCUCUCUGGGUGAAUCCACUCUGAGAACAGCGCCCUCUGGUGACGGGUUGCAGUAUAGGUCAUAAAUCCUGUCUCCUUAUGGAGCUGUGGACAAACUUUAUGAAUUAAUGACACAGAACAUUAUCGCAAUUCUGAAUCUCCUAACCCGAUAGACGAUGAUAUUCCACAGCCAUAAGGAACAAACAAUCGGAGCCCAGCACUUCUAUCCAAUCAGAGGUGAAAGAGGGCGGGACCUUCCCCUACCAUCCAACAAAAAAAAAUCCUGCCAUCCAGGUAUACGCUGUUUGAGCCGAGCGUCAUCACAGUGACUUUAUGUGACUCCCCGGCCGAUUGCGUACAACGCUACUGCGCAAUGUUGGUUUACAGAAGUGGAGAAAAAAACGCAAAAUUACAGAGAGCUUUUCGGCUUCAAAUCCGUGUAGUUGUCCAUAUUAUACACAGUUUAUGAUCAUGACACAUUUUUUCCUGAUAUAUUUAUGUCAUUUGAUCAAAACAAACAAGAUUUCCAUGUUAAUAAUGAUAUUAUUUUUUACUGUCUGCUACAGAUGUGUAAUAUUAAUCUUAUGAAAUCAUUGACUUUAUUUUUAUAUACAAACAACGUAGAAUAUGAACUGACAUACAGUCAGAAAAACUCGUAAACAGAAAAGCUGAGUGACAUCUUCCUUCUCAAAUGUCUGAUGUGUUUCUGAUCCUGUUAAGACGUAACGAUGAACACUCAAACCCUCCUUUUUGACCUUCUGCAGCGUUCCCACCGUCAUUUGAACUCUGACAGGUUAAUCCAUGAAGAACUGUUGGAUCAUGUUUGUGUUGUUCUGCAGGCUCAGCUGCUGGAGCUGCGGACUCAAAACUACCAGCUGUCUGAUGACCUCAGGAAGAACACCACAGGUAAGACACCUCCAUCUGCUCUGGUCUGUCUGACAGGGAGAGAGAGUGCGGCCUCCUCCAGGAGAUCAGGACAUGAUAGACAGAGAGAGCUGAAGGGGGACCCUGAGACCCAAAAAGCAGUCAGGGUGAGCCACCCGCACAGAGGAUCUUUGUGUCAAAGGUCAGCUGAUUCAGGUGUUACCACCUCGUGACGUGGACUCUUAUCAGAUCUGAUUCAGGGCCAAGAUAGGAGUCUGCAGGUCUGCUGUGUCAGCUGUGAUCUUGUUAUCAGUAUGAUGGAGCCGCCCAUGUUUACAUUCAGGUGGAGUUUCUGCACCCGCUCUCCUGUCCCCAAACAGGUUCAGGUAAGGCCGUCUGUUCAGGUGGAGGGGUCCAAAACUGAGGAGACCUGCAGGAGGGAUCCCCUCAGUCCAGCAGAAAGACUGAGACUCUGUGGUCUAAGUGUUCACAUAAAUAAACCGCUCUCUGUUCAUGAUGCUGAUCAUCAGCCUGUUGAACAACCUUCUACAGCCGAGGCCAAAAGUUUAGAGAAUGACACAAAUAUAAAUUUUCUCAAACUCUGCUGCUUCAGUGUUUUUAGAUCUUUUUGUCAGAUGUUUCUAUGUUAUACUUAAGUUAAAUUAUUUCGUAAGUGUCAAUUUGUUGGUUUUUGUUUGUUGAGGAUUGACCACAAGUUCUCUAUGGGAUUAAGGUCUGGGGAGGUUCCUGACCAUAGACCCAAAAUUUUUAUUUUUUUUUCUCAAGUCACUCAGUUAUCACUUUAUCCUCAAAGUAAGGCGCUCCAUCAUUAUUCAUCACCAAACUGAUCUUUAAUGGUUGGAGAAGUUGCUCUCUGAGGAUGUUUUGGUUCUUUAUUCAUGACUGUGUUCUUGGGCAAAACUGUGAGUGAGCCCACUCCCUUGACUGAGAAGAAAUCCCACUCAUGAACUGUCUCAGAAUGCAUUACUGCUGUCAUGAUACAGGGCUGAUGGUAGGGCUCACCUUUUCUUCUGCAAACAAGCUUUUUUCCAGAUGUUCCAAACAAUCAAACAGAGGAUUUGUCAGAGAAAAAGACUUUACCCCAGUCCUCAGCAGUAAAAUCCCUGUACUUUCACAGAAUAUCAGUCUGUCUCUGAUGUUUUUCCUGGCUUCUUUGCUGUCUUCCUCCAAAAGUCUUCGCCUCAAGGUCCUCACACACCAGGACUGACGCAAAUAUACGAAAUUACAGAAUAUUCAGAGGCGAAUUUUGACGCGCCUGACUAUACACAUAAAGCCCGAUGCAAUUUUGCGACUUUCCGGGGGGAAAAAAAGACGCCUCCCAGGUGGAAGCGAGAAGACUGACCCAACAGCAGACUGAGUGUUUUUCAGUUCUGAUUAGACACUAGUGUUGAGAUCCUGUCUGUCAUGAUAGCAUGUACUGAGUCAGGGCCAGUACCAGAUAAGCACAUUAAACUAUGAUCCAUAAAUGUAAGGUAACAACAGAGACCUAAUGGUGCUGUGACAACAACGCUGUGAUUGAGUUUGAGACAGUGAAAAUACUUAUGGUAUGUUGUAUCUGAACAGGUUUGCUUACGAGCUAAAGUUACUUAGCACAGAUGAAAGUUAAAACAAAGACAUUUAGCAAACUGAUAAAGCACACAAACCAUGGUCAUAUGAGAAAUUCGACGCUAUGACUCUCCACAAGUUGUCCUUCAGGUUGUUAUCUUUGUAAUAUUUGUGUCUUUUAUCAAAAAGCACUCUGUUCUCCGACACGUAAACAAUCAGCUGGUCAGCCAUAUUGGAUAUACCGGUGAAUCAGACGCCACAACAACACGAAAUCUGAUUUGUCAGAAGUGGACACACAGUAUGCGAAACUUCAGAAAAAUCGACUGUGAUCCGAAAAAAUAAAUGCCGCAAUAUUGCAGGAUGGGAAAACGUUGCUGAUGUGAACACUUGUAUUGACAGGAUAUGGGUUCAAAAACAAAUAUUGACGUCCGAAAUAAUUGCACGAAAAAAACGCUCCUGGUUUGUAAGGUCCAGAUUCACUCACACCUGCUUACUGCUGUUCCUGAGCUCUGUACUGGUGGUAACCUGAUCCUGCAGCUGAAUCAACUUUAGGAGACAGUCCUGGCUCUUGAUGGACUUUCUCAGGCACCUUGAAGCCUUCCUCACAAUAAGUGAACCUCUCUCUUUAAAGUUCUUGAUGAUCUGAUUUAUGAUGGUUUUAGGUGCAAUCUAACAAACAGUGUUAUCCUUCCCUGUGAAGCCAAAGCAACAAUGACUGCAGGUGUUUUCUUACAGGUAACCAUGGUUAACAGAGGAAUAACAAUGAUUUGGAGUACCACGCUCCUUUUUAAAGCAUCCAGUCUGCUAUUCUUACUCCAUCAGUAUGACAGAUUGAUCUCCAGCUUUGUCCUCAUCAACACUCUCACCUGUGUUCUCUAUAAUCUCUGUAAUUAUGUCAGCUGAUCCUUUAGUGACAGGACUGAACUGCAGUGGAAAUGAUUUUUUGGAUUAAGUUUUCAUGGCAGAGAGGAUCACACUGAUCUGAUCACUCCUCACAACAUUCUGGAGUAUAUGCAUAUUGCCAUCAUAAAAACUGACGCAGCAGACGGAAAUUAAUUUUUGUGUCAUUCUCAAAACUUUUGGCCACGGCUGUAGGUUUGAGUGACAGAAGUCUGAAUCUGACAUCCGUCCAAUUGGAACAAUGAAACUCUGUUUUAUUCACUUUUUAAUGCGAUGCUUUACGUCAGAUUUUCCAAAUUUAUAUCAGAAUGAGAUUUAAAACAAAAAGAUAUUUUUGACUGGAAAUUAAAUGUUCCGGUGUUUGUUUUUUGGUGUUGUAUAGUUUUAAAACACUCUCUAGGGUCAAACAUCAUCACAGACUUUCACAGUCGGACUCUCUGCGUGUUCCCAUGUUGAAAUGAUUCUCCUCAUGUUGUGUAGAAAUGUCCUGCAGCUCUGAGGUCAGUGUGUCAGUGUGUUCACAGAAAAGGUCUCUAGCUUCCACUUCCUGUGUCUCCCUGCUCUCAGAUUUCUGCCUGUUGAAACUUUGUUGUGAAAAACUGCUGCUGUCGACAUCACUUCCUGCUGCUGCUGCGGCAUAAUGACUACUAACUCUCCAUGUGAAGAUGUACUGUAGAGAUCAGAUAAAGAUAAUAAAAUAUUGACCAAUAUAAAAAUCACAAUGAGCUGAUGAUGUACAGCCGCAUAAACAAAACAGACAAGAGUUAGAGAAACAAGAUUUAAGGUAAAGGUUUACAAAUCAGGAUUUAUCUGUUAAUUGAUGCUAAAAUAGAAGAGUCUCUGAAAAGAGUGAAAAUAGUUUCAGGAGGUCAAAGUUUAUUAAGUUCACGAUCAGUUUCAGGAGUUGUGAAGAUCCCUGGCUAUCCCUGGAGAUGAUAUUUUAAUCAAACUACACUGUGAAUUAAUUUUUUAUACUAAAAUAGGAAAUUUCUGUCAUAAUAUACUAUGACAUUUUUAUUAUACUUUACUAUGAUUUUUUUUUCACACUAAAAUAUGAAAUUUCGAUCAUAGUACACUAUGAAAUUUAAAUUCACACUAAAAUAUGAAUUUUUUAACAUACCAUACUAUGACAUUUUUACCAUACUAUACUAUAUUUUUUUCAUACUGAAAUUUGAGUUUUCUUUGUGGAUCUGCAGACCUCUCUGAGUCAGUCAAGGCUCCGGCUUUGUAACUUGAUGUGAAGGACUCAGUCCAAACCAGCUCUGUGACCCCCUCUGACCUUUGACCUAUCAUGUGCAUGCAGACGUCUCUGUACAGCUCUGAGGCGGUCGUGUGAACAUUAACACAUUUGAGUGUUUGCAGAUUUGUGCAGCUCUGAGCUGACGCACUGACACUCCGAGUGUGAAACCGUAACUGUCUUCAUGCUCACAGCUGCAUUGUUCUGUGUGUGUGAGUGUGUGUGUCUUUGUAGAGUAGUUUAUGAAGAAAAGUGUACUGUCGCUGAUGUUAAAUACAUACUAAAGCAUUUUUUAUUCAUGGUCCAUUUCUAGAACAGACCAGCUGAAGCUCCAGAAGAGACGGUCCUUUCAGUCAGACAGAGGAACUCUGACUACGUCUGUUUAGAAGCAACAUAGAGCAGAAAAAUCACCUCAGAAUGACAGAAAUAUUCAAGUCUGAUUCAAUAAGGAGAAAUACCAGGGCUUGACACUACUUUUUUCACAUGUUCUCCUAAGUUGAAAAAGUAAAGAGCACACAAAGAACUUCAGGAGAAAACUCGACCAAGUGUCUGCGCGUCAACCAGUGCAAAACUCUCCAGUGUUUCCUUGGGUAAAAGCAGUGAUCCAGGUGUGGUGGCAGUUAAAAUCUGUUGAGAUAAAAGACUGGAUCUGAUGUUGUCGAUUUUACUUCUGAAGUGGUCUGCAAAAUCCUUUCCCUGAUAUGCACCCCCCUCCCGUUAACAAAGUCAGUUUUUCAUGCCAUGGCCCCUUUAACACCGACUCAAUAAAAGCACGAUAAAAAAGUGUCGUCAUGGUCCUGUCAAUGUGGAAACGGGACAGCAUCGGGACAAACGGGACAAACGGGACACAUCUAUUUUUAGUUGUGAAUGCGAGUGAAAUGAUCACACUGUCGAGCCCUGAGAAAUAUUAUAAACUCUAACUAUAAACUUGAUAUCCAAACAUGUUUACAAAUAAUAAUACAUCUCUUUAUUCCAGGUACUCUUCAUUUACAGGCUUCAUGAAUGGAUCACAGUAAUGACAGUCUCUGAGCAUGUCUGUCUGUCUGUGUGAAUUAUUUACAUCUGUCCUUGUGUGGACGAAAGCCAGAGCGCAGACCUUCAGCAGAGAGAGACUUUGUUUUAUUCAUGAAAUCAAUAAUUAACACUCGUCUCAGUCCAUGUUUAAAAAAUCUGUACUGUUUUAUCAGCCUGUGAUGAGGUGAAACUAUGCAGCUUGUCUGCUUUAAAUCAAGUUCAUACUUCUGUGUUGCAGAGCUCAACGCUGUCCGACAGAAGAAUGUAGUUCUGGAAAGAGACUUUGUCAAAGCACAGAAGGUAAGGAGUCUGAGAUUAUGAACACAAAAAGAUCGGAUAUCUGUGAGUUUAACAUUCCUAAAAAUCAGAAAUGAGCUUCUGUAGACUAAUGUCUGUGUUUUCUGUCUCCUCAGGCUUUAAAUAAGAGCAAAAAGGCUCAGGUGAGUUUUCUAAAACAAAGCAUGAGCCCCCUCUGCUGGUCAUCAGCUGUGCUGCACAGAUCCUGAUGUUUGUCUCUCUUGGUUUGGUUUAAUUUUCUGGUUUAAAGUAUGGUGACCAGACGUCGCCGAUUUCCGGGGACAGUCCCCAAUUUCCGGGGACAGUCCCCGAAUUGGAUGACCUUUCCCAGGCAAAAACUGUCCCCGAAAAUGUCCCCGAGUUAAGCAUUUCAUGAAUGGGAACAAAAAUGUUGCGUGUAGGCUAGAACAACGGUUAUUACAGUAGCCAAAUGGGUAGGAAGCACAAGUAAGCAGUCCUGAACAACAGUUUUUAUGGUUUUACGGGGGUUAUUACAAGGGGCGCGCGCUGCUACUAAAUAGUACCGAGAUGUCUGUGAUUACGCAGCCAAUGCACCCCCGCCGAAUGUCCCCGGAUUUCAUUACAGAAAUCUGGUCACAUUAGUCAUUUUUAAAGUUUCUCUCUGUCAGCUGCUCCACCUAAAAUAAAAAAUAAAAACAUUUAAAAGAGUGAUUUUGUCUCCACACCUUUUGGUUUUUGCUGUUUCAGGAGGUGGAGGCCUUGCUGAGUGAGAAUGAGAUGCUUCAGGGGAAACUUCACAGUCAGGAGGAGGACUUCAGACUCCAGAACAGCACACUGAUGACUGAACUCUCUAAGGUAACCCUCCUCUGGUUCUGUUUGGACCUCAGAACCCCUGUGUCUGUGUUAAAGAAGCCCAUGUUCCUGUUUUUUCCAGCUGUGUACACAGAUCGAGCAGCUGGAGCAGGAGAACAAGAGCUUAAAAGAAGGAGGAGGAGAAGGAGGAACCUCUGACACCAGCCCUGCCCAAAACUCCACCUCCAGCCCCGUGGAUGGAGAGUUGCUCCGCCUGCGGGCUGAAAACUCCGCCCUGCAGAAGAAAAUGAAAGGUGGGUUAUUGGAGGUCCACCAGCAGAACUUACUCUCUGAACUAGAACCAUGUUUGACCAAUAAAAAAAAAGGACCCAGUGAAGAGCCCUAAGGAACGACACCGUAACGAGAUCCUUCAAAAUACGAGUCUGUUUGAUGUACAUGGUGUCUAUACAGACAUUUUAAGUAAAGGGGAAGGGAGUUUAAAAUAAUACUAGAAAAAUUGCAUUUUCUUGCAAAAAAUGCGUGGAAAUGCUUAGUGCUGAAAUCUGAAAAAGCAAUGCUGAACUGCUAAUAAAAAAUGGAGAAAGGUAUAAAUGUAAAAGCUGUUGGGUGAAAAAGAAAUAGAAGUUGGAUAAUUGUGAAAAUGGUUGAGGGACAAAUAGUAUGAACAUGCACUAGAUUUAAAUUUUAUUUAGAGGCUAGAAAAAUGUCUAAAAUUGGACAAAGUUUGAAUGAAGAAGGAAAUCACUCCAAAAGGCAGGAAGGUGAGAAGUGGCGUAUGUUUAAGUUGUAGCACUAGAAGAAGUAUAAGUAGUCAUAGUAGUGAUAUUAGCAUUCAUAUAAGCAGUAGAAGUAGUUUGAGAAUAAAAGAAGUACAAGUCAAAAUAGCAGAGCUUGUAGUAGAAGUAGUAGUAGCAUUAGAAAAAGUAGAUAGGAGCAAUAGCAGUUGAAGUAGAGGGGAAAGUAUUAGUUUAAUUGACAUCAGCAGUAGUUGUAGUACCAGAAGAGGGAUUUUGUUUGAAGAAUGAUUUUGUUUUGAAGUAUCAGACAGGUUUGAAUCAGUUUGAAUGAGUUUAAAUUUGUCUGAAGAAUUGAAUAAUGUAUUAAUAACGUGAUUAAUUUUAAAGUGGGGAAAAUUUAAAUGAAUAAAAAUCCUGAGUACACCCCAUAAUGUCCUCAAUGAGCUUAAAUUUUGAAGUCCUGAAUGGUUUCUGUAGGUCAAAGUUCAUGGGAGGAGAUAGGGGACAAAGUUUGUCAAGCGCUCUAGUAAAGAGUUUUAAAUGUCACCCCCAGUGCUCUGUGUACUAUGCCUGGCUCCAUGUGUCUCAUAUGGCCGUUAGAAGCAGCUUUCCAGUCAGCUGUGUGUCUCCAGGUGUACAAAUUGGUUGCCUUGGGGACCGUAGAUGCAUCACUACAGCAGGAGAAAGAACGUUUGAAGCUGAGAAACAAAAUCCAAAACUAUGCCCUGAUGCUCAUUCUCUGUAACGGCUACAUUCAUGACAAGAAACUUGUGAGAACCCCACGACUCUGCUGAACAUAUUGAUACAAUUAAUUAACAAAAUCCUAAAUACACCCCAUAAUGUCUUCAGUGAGCUGAAUUUUUGGAGCCCUGAAUGGUUUCUGUAGCUCAAAGUUUGUGGAAGAGGAUAGGUGGUGAAGCAGAUACAUGGUCAAAGUGUGUGUAUGUAGGUCUCAAAGACAGAGAGACACUCACGUGCAUACAUAUUAACUGUGUGCACAUGCAGGUGUCAUAGACAGAGAGAGAGACUAAUGCACACACAUAGUUACUGUGUAUAUGCAGGUGUCAUAGGCAGAGACACACACACACAAACACGUUAUCAGACUGUGUGUGUGUGUCAUAACUAAUACUCUGAGGUUUGUUACAAACCAAACCGUUUGAAAAUCGGUUUAAAACUAGAAAACGUGCAUUUCCUUGCAGAAAAUGCUGAGUGCUGAAAACUGAAAAAGCAAUGCAAAACUUCUAAAAAAAAAUGGAGGAAGGUUUAAAUGUAAAAUUGGUUAAAGGGCUGAAGAAGAAGAAGUAGAAGUUGGAUGAAAGUGAAAAUUGUUGAAGUACAAAUAGUAUGAAUGUGCUCCAUAAAUUAUUAUUGCAUUCAUGCUGAAAGAGGCUAGAAAAAUGUCUUAAAUUGCACAAAGUUUGAAGUAGUAGUCAUGUAAGCAGUAGAAGUAGUUUUAGAAUAGAAGAAGUAGAAGUCAAAGCAGUAGAGCUCGUGGUAGAAGUAAAAGUGGCAAUAAAAGUAAGAGAUGCAGUAAAAAAAUAUUUAGAGAAGCAAGAGUAGUGAAGGUAGAAGUUAAGAUACAAGUUAAAGUGAUAUUUGAGGUAAUUGUAGUAGUAAAUCUGGGAAUCUGUUUGAAGAAUCAAAAAAUGCAAAAUGAUGAGAAUGAUUUUAAAAUGGGAAAAAAAAUUUAAUAAUUAAAAAUCCUCAAGUAUUAGACAAGUUUGAAGUAUUAGGUUUGAAUCAGUUUGAGUUUAAAUUUGUCUGAAGAAUUGAAUAAUGUAUGAAUAACGUGAUUAAUUUUAAAGUGGGGAAAAUUUAAAUGAAUAAAAAUCCUGAGUACACCCCAUAAUGUCCUCAAUGAGCUUAAAUUUUGAAGUCCUGAAUGGUUUCUGUAGGUCAAAGUUCAUGGGAGGAGAUAGGGGACAAAGUUUGUCAAGCGCUCUAGCAAAGAGUUUUAAAUGUCACCCCCAGUGCUCUGUGUACUAUGCCUGGCUUCAUGUGUCUCAUGUGGCCGUUAGAAGCAGCUUUCCAGUCAGCUGUGUGUCUCCAGGUGUACAAAUUGGUUGCGUUGGGGACCGUAGAUGCAUCACUACAGCAGGAGAAAGAACGUUUGAAGCUGAGAAACAAAAUCCAAAACUAUGCCCUGAUGCUCAUUCUCUGUAACGGCUACAUUCAUGACAAGAAACUUGUGAGAACCCCACGACUCUGCUGAAAAUAUUGAUACAAUUAAUUAACGAAAUCCCAAAUACAUCCCAUAAUGUCUUCAAUGAGCUGAAUUUUUGGAGCCCUGAAUGGUUUCUGUAGCUCAAAGUUUGUGGGAGGAGAAAGGGUUUUAAUAUAACCCCCAGUGCUCUGUGUACUGAGCCUGGUUUCAUAGAAUAGAAUAGAAUAUUCCUUAAUUGAUCCCCCAUGGGGGAAAUAUUUUUGUGUCUCACAUGGCCGUUAGACGCAGCUUUCCAGUCAGCUGUGUGUCUCCAGGUGCACUAAUUGGUUGCCAUGGCGAAGGAAGAUAUGUCACUGCAGCAGGAGAGAGGUGGCUUACAGCUGAUUAAAUAGCUCUCCAGCUAGGCACUGAUGGUCAACCUCUGUAUAUAUUCAUGAAUUUCUGAAGCCCAGAAUGGUUUCUGUAGCUCAGAGUUUGUGGGUGGAGAUAGGUGGUGAAGCAGACACAUAUUAACUGUGUGUACAUGCAGGUCUUAUAGGCAGAGACACACACGCACACACAUUGUCAGACUGUGUGUGUGUGUCUCGUUAAUGAUUGCAUCCUAAACAGCUGUGAGAUCAAAGGCAUUAACUGACCUGCUGUUUGAAUGAGAAUCUGCCUAACUGCAGUGAAUUUAGGGCCUCUGAACUAUUUCACAUAACGUAGUUUCCUUAAAUCCUUGAAUGAAAAUAAGAACAUCGUACGAAUCCUCCGCCCUUCAUGAACACAAUGAUGUGUUUUUCAUGUCUGUACUCUAAAAAAUGUGGCCACAACAGCGAGUUAAAAAGGUCUGAGCCUGAGUGAUAAUCAGGAUUUUCUUGGAGAAAAAUUACGUUAGGGCCAAUGCAAGGGUUCUUUGCCAUUUUUGGACAGUUGGUCACCUGCUGGCCAAGGGGUAUGAUUUAAUGAUUUGAAACCUCUUUUGUGAGAAGCAGGACACAUAUACCUCAAUUUUGAUGUAUUUUUUAUGGCUGUGGAGUGAAAUUUGUGGGCGUGGGAGCGAUAUAUUCGAGCGAGGUUCUGUCGAUAAAAGAGGAACUGUCCACUCUAGCGACGACAUCAUCACUCUAGCUCUUCCAAUACACAUCCAUUAUAAAGCCUUAAAAUUUGCUGAAAUCAAUUUGCUUAAUCAGCAUUUCCACUUAAUAAUAAAGAAAUAGUAGAAUAACAAAAAGUGGAAAUGCUUAAUCAGCAUUUCCACUCGUAGGAGAAUAACAAUUAUCACAGGGGAGGGAAGUUUAAAGACUAAUUAUUAAGGGGGAAGGGAUUUUAAAGUCUACUCAUGAAAGAGGACGGGAGUUAUUAUUAAGACUUAUUAAGACUUAUUAUUAAAGGGAAGGGGUUUUUAUUUUAUUAUUAACGGUAGGGGAGUUUAGUUUGCUUAUUAAGGGGAGGGGAGUUUAAAGUUUGAUGAUUAAAUGAAAGGGUAUUUUAAAGUUAUUUAUCAUUAAAGGGGAGGGGAGUUUAAAGUUUUAUUAUUAAAGGGGAGGGGAGUUGAAUGUCUUAUUUUUAAAGGGGAGUGGAGUUUAACAUAUUUUUAAAGGGGAGGGGAGUUUAACAUUAUUUUUAAAGGGGAGGGGAGUUUAAAGACUACUUAUUAAAAGGGAUGGUAGUUUAAAGUUUUAUUAUUAAAGGGGAGAGGUGUUUAAAAUAUUUCUAAAGGGGAAGGGAGUUUGAUUUUAUUAUUAAAGGGGAGGGGAGUUUAAAGUUUUAUUAUUAAAGGGGAGGGGAGUUUAAAGUCUUAUUUUUAAAGGGGAGGGGAAUUUAAAGACUUAUUGGUAAAGGGGAGGGGAGUUUAAAGACUUACUGUUAAAGGGGAGGGUGGUUUGACGUUUUAUUAUUAAAGAAGAGGGAGUUUUAAAAUAUUUUUAAAGGGGAGGGGAGUUCAAUUUUUUAUUAAAGGGGUGGGGAGUUUUAAAUAAUAUUAAAGGGGAGGGAAGUUAAAAGUCUCAUUAUUUAAGGGGAGGGGAGUCUGGAGUUCAUUAUUGAAGUGAAGCUAUUUCAGGUGUGUCCUUCAGGUGUGUUCUUUAGAUGUGUCCUUCAGGUGUGUCCUUUAGGUGUGUCCUUCAGUUUUGUCCUUCACGUGUGCACAGACAUGGUUUUUAUAGGUGUAUAUAUAAACCCUGCGUUUGACCGCCAGCCCUCCAGGAACACUACGACAAAGAACUACUGAGACAAGCGGGCGCCAACACGGAGACGGACGGGUCAGCCAGCGCCAACGGAGUCUCUGAGGUCACAGAGGGGGAGGAGCCAGCAGCAGAGGGAACUAAUGACAGAACAGAACAGGUGACUGGUGUUUUUCAAAAUGCUCCUGAAUUUGGUGGUUUCUCAGAAGAUCAGAAAAUGAACCCUGAAACUGUCUCUAUCUUCAUCCUGCAGAUGUCCACUCAGCUGGACUGCACAGACAAACAUCUCCACGGUGAGUUUCUUCACCUCUACUCCUCUUUGUGACAGCCUCCUGUCCUGUCAUGUCAUGUGACCUUCAUGAACUCUGUGGUCUGAUGGUUUAAAUUCAGGUUUUUUGAUUGAGCCUGAAAACUCCUCUGGUCACCAUCAAGUCCGUGUUCUGCAGUCACAUUGAAAUUGUGACUCUUGUCUGUCAUCAUGAAAAUGUGGGAUGUGUCGAUCAGUGAAGUCUUUGAAAGUCACACGACAUGAGACAGGCGUCAUCCUCUUUGACUAAAACACUCCGUCCUUUUGAUUUGAAGAUCAGCUGGGUCCCAAAUCAGGGCUGAAGGAUCCAGCUUUGGUAGACUCUGGGUUAAAUAAAGACCCAGUAGAUCAGUAACCUGCUGUGGAGCACUCUCUGUUGGUCAGACGGCUGUGACUUUGAAUGCAGCACUCGUCCUUUAAUUUCAAAUCCUCCCUGUAUUCAUUGGCUGAGGUCAAGAGUGUCAUUCAGCGCUCAGGUAACAAUGAGAGCUCCCCCUGCUGGAUCAAACAGACCAUGAUAAGCUGCAUGUUUCUGAUUCAGAGGACCCAGAUCACCUCAAAGAGAGGACACACCUGUGUUACCUGUCCAAAGUCAGUACGUUUCCAUGACACGUGAGAAACCGACUUACCGCCUUAUUCCGAUUAAGACCGGACAACUGAAGUGCAUAUAAACACCUUAGUCCAACUAUAAUUGGAGUUCUCAAACUCCGAUUAUAGUUGGAGAACUCCAAUUAAGAUAAUUAACCCCAGAGCAAAAACACCAGAGAAGAGGAGAAGUGUGUGUCUCAUCUGCAGAAAAAGUAGUGCGUCCAUCAUGUAGGACAAAAACAACGCUGUACGAUGCUCCAUCUUCUUGCUCCAAAAUGCCCAGCAGCAGUUGAAGCCACUUCUGAAUCUGGCACGGACCUGCUGUUGUUGUUGAUGGUUGUAUGGGGUUGGAAACAGCGCUGCUGAAAAGACCCAUAUCGCCCACUAGUUUUGGGGAGGAGGACACGUUCACGUCAAUAAUUCAAUUUUCUCAGCUGCAUGUAUACAUGGACAAGGAGAGAAGUCCGAUUUGGCAAAACAUAAAUAAAUAUGAGCUUAGCUCGAUUAAACUCUGCAUGUAAAUGUACUAAGUGUGGACGGGUGUCCUUUCUUUGAGCCUUGGACAGUGAAUGCACCACGCCCCUGAGUUGGAACACAGAUGACAUGCCUGUUAUUCAGCCUGAUCAUGUGAUCGUGUUGAGUAGCAGAUCAUUUUGACGUUCAUCCUUCAGUUUAGAGGCCAAGGUUUCCAUCACUCAUACAGUGUCCUUGAAUGCAUCACUUUAGUAUGGUGGCCGAGACCCGCCACUGCUGCAAAUAAAAAAGAAUGCAAAAAAGAAGUCACAAUGGAAGUUACCGAUGCAAAAAAAGAAACUGAAGCCUGCUGAAAAUAAAAAAGGAAACGGUGCAGUUAAAAAAAAAAGCCACAAAAGAAUUUAACGAUGCAAAAAAAAGUGGUGAUGCAAAAAAGAAAAAAAGUUACUGCGAAAAUAAAAGGAUGCAAAUAAAAAAAGCCACAACAGAAGUUAGCUUUUUUUUUGUUUUCAUCCUUUUAUUUUCGCUGUAAGUAACUCGUUUUUUUUACAUUGCCUCUUUUUUUUGCAUCGUUAAUUUCUUUUGUGGCAUUUUUUAAAAUCUGCACCAUUUCAGUUUUUUUUUUUUGCAUUGGUAACUUCGGUUGUGACUUCUUUUUUUUUGCUUUCUUUUUUGUUUGUAUCCUAUUAUUUUCGCAGAAAGUAACUUUUUUUUCUUUUCUUUACAUUGCCACUAUUUUUUUGGGUCGUUAACUUUUGUUGUGGCUUUUUUUUUUUAAUCCGCACUGUUUCAGUUUUAUAUGCAGUGGGCUUUAGUUCCUUUCUCUUUUUUUUUUCCUUUUUUUGCAUCAGUAACUUCUGUUGUGACUUCUUUUUUUCGCAUUCUUUUUUAUUUGCAGCAGUGGUGGUUCUUGGCCACCAUACUUUCCAUCCUUGAAUCGCUUUAACUAACCAUGGUCAUAUGCUUUAAUUUGGAUUUUUUUUGUCCUUUUGUGGCUUUUCAUGACCCUAAAUUCUCAAAUACAGGCUGUUAUUAGAAUAUAGUUUAAAGCAAUCUCCGACCCCCAAUUUUCACCGCAUCUGGAACGGCUCCGAACUGGAACACCAUCCGCCGAUUCCUCCCGGAUCUGUUUGUGAGGUGAAUUUUGUGGCGGAUUUCGGACAGCUGUAAUCGCAAGAAGUCACAAAAACCUGCGGAUUCACGUUCAAUGACAUGAUAACGAGUUGUCUCUAUAAAGACAGACACAUAGACAUAUAAGCAGUAGAUUGUGUCCUUUCAGAGGAGGAAAUCUACUUCUAGACUUCUAGAAUCAGCAUCUCCUCAUCCAUGGUGUCAUCUGGGUGAAAUGACGUCUAAAAACCUUUCACUUGUUCGUCUCCGCCCGUUUGCAUGGUGUGAAAUACGAUCCUCCUGAAACACAGAGUGUUUUAUUUUGAAAAGAAGCCGGAUGUUUUAUUUUGUGUCUGUGCCCUACAUCCUUUCCAGCACGGGUUAAUCUGUGCUGAAUUUACCCGGAAUGCUCCGGCAUCCGCAAAAACUAGAACUCUUGCGAUCAGCUGUGGAGUCUGGCGAUCGGCAGAGGAACGGAAAGAAGCCGGUGGAAAUUGACAUGUUAACUUGAAUGGUUACAAUCAGCUACGAUCCGAGGAGAAGACCUCUUCAUAGACGUUCAGGAUGUGGUGGAAAUUGGCGGUUAUAAUUUAGCUUACAGCAGUAUCUGAUCUGGUGGAGAGUUCAUCUCUGUUUAAAAGAGUCCUGUCUGAGUUUCUGCCUCUGUUUGAGAGUUACUGGUGACCCUGCAGCCUGCAGCUUUAUUGAAGCAUAGAGCAGCUAGCUGGCUGAGGGCAGACACACACUACAAGCUGAAGAACAACUGGACACAAAGUAGAACUUAGAUCUUUCCUCUGAUGAAGAAGCUUUUCCAUAUGAACCUGAUGUUUCCUGGCACAGCUGCAAAGCCCAAACUACCCGAACCCUUGGAAAUUUGUCUUUAAAAACUUUAAAAAGUUCAGCGUGGUCAGUCCAGGUCAGUUUACACACCUGUUGUUUCAUGAUGAGAGGACCUGAUUCAGAAGGUUUCAUGGAGAACAUCUCAGAGCUGUUUCUGUCUGAUAAAUAAACAAACUCUGAGACUGCACCACCUCCUGAAGUUUCUCUAACUGCAGUGUUCAGAUUAACAUAGUCAGUGAACGCACCUUGGGGAGUGAGGAUGUUUGACUUUGCAGCUGAGCAAGGAAAUCUCUGAUCAGAGGUCAGGUAGAACAAGCAGCAGGUGCAGUGUGUGUCUGGCCUAACAGACUGCCCCCCUGCUGUGUGUAGGCCUGUCAGAGAAGAGCGUAGAGAAGAUUGUAGGUAAGCAGGCAGCGCUAGGCUGGUCGGCUGCUCUCUGUCCAAUAACUCACUGCUUUGGACCAGAGCUGGAGAUGGCACUGAACACCGAGCAGGAGGAGAAGAGGCUGCUGAGGGAGCAGAUCCACAACCUGGAGGUACACACACACACACACACACACACACACACACACACACACACACACACACACACACACACACACACACACACACACACACAGACCAGUGUCUAUGCACUGAAUUCAGGUAUUUUUAACCUGUAUGCUCAAAAAUAUCCAAACCCAAAGACAGGUUUUCCUUUGAAACAGUCCGAAGACUGGAGCCCAAACAGACCAGUAACUAGGGCUGAGCGAUAUGGUAAAAAGUUUAUCACAACAUUUUUUUCAUAUCAGUCGAUAUCGAUAUAUAUAUCACAAUAUAAAAAAUGAAAUUUAAUAGUGUUUAUUGGUACCAUGUCUUUUCCAAUAAUCUCCUGCAUCUGUGAGGUCUUUGUGUCUCUUUGACAUUUUGUCGUAAGGCGUUACUCUAGAGAAAGCAGACUGAAUGGUCAGCUGUUUUGGCUGCACAGACGCCAUGGGCUCCUUGCUCCUCUUGGGGUCUGUAACCUUUUGCGUUGCGUGUGCUCUGCCGCAUGGCACUGCUUCAGGUGGUGAAAGAGAUUUGAGGUAUUCUCCGACUUUAUGAGAACAUGUACUCGACAUAAUUUACAGUCCACAUUACUCUGCUUCAUGUCCGACCUCAACUAACCAAAAUACCUCCACACCACCCACGUUUUCGUGUCAGUGUUGUUGACGAUGUCUUCAUCUGUUGAGCCUUCAUCGUCAUCUCUUUCGGGGGUAGCACUCAUUUUCUUUUUUUCUCACCAACAGUGCUGUCGGCUUCACCUGUUAAAGUGCUAUGGUUGGGUGUAGCUGUAGUGUAGAAUCGUAAAUUACACCAAAUCGGCAUCCAAAAAAUCGUAGAAGAAUCGAAUCGGAAGAAAAUCAUAUCGUCCCAGCCCGACUAUUCAUAUAGUCUACCAAAACAUGGCAGAAUGACAACUACUAAAUCUCUGUCGGGGGGUGCACCUGCAGACAGGUGCCCUCUUGAUAACACUGGUCAGGGCUUCAGGAACACGUUCAUAGAUAAAUAGCGUUGGGCUGCUAGCUAAUGGCACUCUUCACUUCCUCUCUGUCACGUCUGAAAAUGUGUCUGAUGAAGACGACACUUUUUCAUGGACAUUUAGUUCUCACAGUAAAUGUAGGAGCCAAACUGUAUUUGUUGAAAGUAUGACUUCUAUAGGUGCGUAACUGAGGGGUGUAGUUUUGGAUGUUUGUCGGGUUCUUUAAAUCUCACUGGAGUAGUCAGGCAGUUGGUUUUUGGUAAGCUCUGAUAAUUUUCUUUCGACCGCUUUUCGCUGUUUCACUCAUCCUGUUUUAACCUCAUUUCAUCAUAUCACAUUUUCAUUUGAAGGUCCAAAGUUUUGGACCCGGAUCAGCAUGUUUUCUUUACUUUUUUGAACAAUAAAUUACUUUUUUAUAACACUCAAACCAGAUUGGUAAUUGAACGAGUCACAGCUGCAAGCAAACCUAAACCCCAGCUGCCGUUUUGUUAAAGGAAAGCAGUCGCUACAUUAACUAUGAUGCUCUUAAAUCCCUCAUACACAGAAAUGUCAGGGUCGGUUCAGAAGCAUCCAGUUAGAGUUGGCGCACUGUUCAAGGGUCAGAUCCAGGUCUAUUUCAGUAUCUAGACCAGAAGCUGAAUCCUCUUUGUGACUCCAAGCUUAGAAAUGUUAGUUUUAAUGUCAUCAUCACACAGAAUCGAUCAAUCAAGCUUUAUUUUUAAAGCACUUUUCAUACAGAGAAUGUAGCACAAAGUGCUGUCUAUUUUUUUUUUUUUAUAUUUUUAUAUAUAUAUUUUUUUAUUCGAUUAGCAUUUAAAAUCCACCCACAACAGAUACAUAGUAAAUUUCAAAAGCAUCAUAAAGCUAAUCGAAAAGGUGUAGGCUGAAGCUCAUGCUUAUUUUGCCUACCCUUUUUACAAAAAAACAAAAACUUUAGCAAGGCGACUCUUUAACUACAUGGUCUGAGUUACACUACAAGUCUUCUAAAGAAAAGGGAAAAAGAGAGAAAGAAAAGAUAAAUUCUCAAAAACAUGUUAGAAAAUAAAUAAACCAACAAUAUUCCAUAACAAGUAUACAAACAGACACAACCAAAAAUUUCAAUAUUUUGUUAUUGCUCUUCUUCAUACCGGAUCUUAUUGCUUUAGUUUUAUACAUGUUCUUAAAUAAGAACAGGAUAUUAAAAAACAAUAAAAUAAAAUAAAUACAAAUACAAAUACAAAUACCAAACACCAAAGCCCGCCCACCCUCCCACCCCCCCACCCCCCAUUCAACACACACAGCACUCACACACUCACACACACAGAUACACACACUAAAGACCAGGUUAGGGCUCUUCAACUUUCCACAGAUGACUGAGGAAACACUAUCUUGAGUGAAAAAAGAUGAGGAAACACUGGCUCCAGGACUAAAACGAUAAAACCAUAAUAAAAUAUAAUAAAGGUGAUAAAGCAUUAAAAGGUAAUUUAAUAAAGCAAUCUUAAAAUCAAACAAUAACAGAAAGUAAAUGUAAAAAAAGAGGUAAUAAAACACAAAAUAAUCACUUUAGGACUAAAUAGGGUAAAAUCACAUAAUGCAGAUUAAAAGAUUAAAACAAAAUUUAACUCAAAGCAAGACUAAAAAGGUCGGUCUUUAGUUUGCUUUUAAAAAUCUGAACAGUAGGUGUCGCUCUCAGGUCUACAGGUAGGCUGUUCCACAGAUGGGGACCAUAAUUUUGGAAUGAUGAUUCACCGUAUGUUUUAGUUUUUCAUUUUGGGAACAAUUAAAAGACCACCACCUGAACAGAUAUAAUAACUCAGAAAUGUAGCAGGAGGGAAUAGCUGUCAGAGUGUUUAUUCACAGUCAUGCUCAGGUUUGAAAUGAACAGUGACUGUCUCCUGAAAUGAGUCUCAUGUUUCCUCCAGGCCUCCAAACAGGCGGAAAUCACCAAACUACAGGAGGAGAUCACAAAGGUAAAAGUCAAGAGACAUCAUGUCGUCGAGCUAACGACUGAAGUUAUUUGUUUUAACAUCAUGACUUUGUUUCUGCCUCUCCUUCCUGAAGCUUUCUGACAAGUUAAAGAAGAAACAGGAGAGGUGAGGGCUCCAACUUCUGACACACGAAUGCUUUGACUUGGUUUGGUUGGAAAGAGUUGAGGUUCUGAAUGUUGAAGUUCUUGUCCUCUAGAAGGCGUAUGUGUUAAAAAAACAUGAGCAGAAUAAAAGUCUGUGCUUGUUUUCGGCAGUUUUCAGCGUCUGCAGGGAGAGAAGGAGGCGCUGUACAACGACAGCAGGUCAGAAACUACUCAGUCUCUCCGUUUAUUCACUUUAACUCCGACUGCCUCACCAACUCCUGCUGUUUCUGCAGGACAAAGAUCGAUGAGAUCAACCAAAGAAAAGAGGAGGAGCUGAAGGCCAUGAACCUCCGCAUUCAGAAACUACAGUCUGACCACAUGGCAGCCAAUCAGGUGAGACCUCACAAACAACAAGAUCUUAUUCAGCCAAUCCAAGGAUCCCAGAUUAUAGAAAUAAUUAAAUAAACUGUGUUUGUGUUCAGCUGACAGCAGAACUAAGAGAGCAGCUGCAGAGCAAAGAGAAGGAGCAUGAGCUGGCUCUGCACAACCUCAAAGACAAGGUAACACCCACACUCAGGAAAUAAAUACAGGAAACAGCCAGGAAACAGGCAGGAAACAGGCGGGAAUCAGAGAGGAAACAAGCAGGAAACAAGCAGGAAUCAGAGGAAACAUACAGGAUACAGAGAGGAAACAUGCAAAAAACAGACAGGAAACAUAGAGGAAACAUGCAGGAAUAAGGCAGGAAAAAGAAAGAAAACAUACAGGAAAAAACGGGAAACAGGCAGGAAACAUACAGGAAAUAAGCAGGAGACAGAGUAAAAACAGACAGGAAACAGACGGGAAAACAGACAAGAAACACACAGGAAACAGACAGGUAACAGACAGAAACAAAUAGGAAAAAUACAGGAUAUAGACUGGAAAAUGACAGGAAACACUAAGGAAAUAAACACAGGAAACAGAAAACAUUAAGAAAACAUACUGGAUACAGAAAGAAAACAGACAGGAAACAGACAGAAAACAGACAGAAAACAAACAGGAAACAGACAAGAAACACCAAGGAAAUAAACACAGGGAACAGACAGGAAAACAGACUGGACACAAACAGGAAACAGGAAGUCAAAACUAAGGAUAUAAACACAAAAACAGGCAGGAUACGAGCUGGAAAAUGACAGGAAACAGGCAGAAAACAGACAGGAAACACACUUUUAACACACAGGAAACAAACUGGAAACAGACAGGAAACACUAAGGAAAUAAACACAGGAAACAGACAGAUAUGAUAGAAGAAUCUGAUUGGCUGACGUCAGGAUAUGCUGCUCUGUUCGGUUCCUUGUUUCCUCUCACAGUGAAUUCUGGUUAAAAUGAAACUGAACAGUAGAGGGCAGACUUUCCUCUGAUUGAUGAACAGCUGUGUGUUUCUGACCUGCUCUUCUUCUCUCUCUUUCUUCUGCUCUUCUCUCUUUUCUUCUCCUCCUCUCUCUUUUUUCUCCUCCUCGCUCUUCUGUUCUCAUCUUCUCUCUUUUCUUUUCCUCCUCUCUCUUUCUUCUCCUCCUCGCUCUUCUCUUCUCCUCCUCUCUUUCUUCUCCCCUUUUAUUCUUCUGUUAUGGUUGCCUUUCUCCUUGUGUCCUCUUUUCUUUCCCCUUUUCGGUUUAUUCCACUUUGUCUCUUUUUUGUUUUCAUUUGGUUCCCGUUUCUGGGUUUCUUUCUCUUCCUUUGGGUUCUCUCUCUCUCCAAACCUCUGCUGCCCCCUGUCUGUGGUGCAUGGUACUGCAGGUAGCCAGUCAGAGCGCAGUCAGUCAGGAACAGGUGGACAGCAUCCUGCAAGAGAACGAUGCUCUGAGGACAAACCUAGCUGCUCUAGAACAGGUAAUUAAACCGAGAGAACGUCAUUCAGGGGUUUAACCCCAAAUUCACCGUCUGGGACCGGUUCUGUGGAGCCAAGAACAAGUCCAGCACCUGGAGAACCAUUCUAACAUCACAUCAUCUCUGAGGACUAACCGAGCUGCUCUAGAAAAUGUAAAAAAAUUGUAACGUAGACCCAUCCCAGAGUUUCAUAUCUGUGGUCAAACCAAGUAACUCUGGAAAACCAAGAACUUAAUCUAGAAACAAAACUCUCCCAAGACCCGCUCCAGAUGAACCCUGCUGGUCCAGAAUGAAGACAAACUUAAGAACAUGCUAUUUAGAGGACAAACAAAACAGACUAUCUAGAAAUCCAAACUGCUCUAGAGAAAAUUAUCCAGAUCUUAAACGCUAACCAUGUCCGGACCCGGUAACCUUACAGGCAGUGUUGGGAAAGUUCACUUUCUACCUGAACUCGUUCAAAGUUCGUUUUUUUCUCCAAAACUUUGCUGUAAGCAAUUAUAUGUCCAGAUAUUUUAUGGAGCCCAUUUAGAACCACAGACAGCAAUUAUUUUAGCUGUUUUAACACUGAAACUAUGUCAGAUUAAUCCUCAUAUCUAUUUUUGAAUCCUAAUCCAACCGGGUUUACAAUAGAGAGGACAGUCCUCAGAAUACUGGUGUUUCCCUAAAGUUCAGUCCUAACUAGUAGGAACGUUCAUUUCUAGAGUAUAUUUUCAUAAACAUGAGGAAAACCUGCUGCUUGAAUGAUUUUUAGACUGUUUUAGGAUUACAACAACAGGACUGUAGUCCUUCAAUUUUUCAUACUUUUCCAAACAGACCUGGAAAUAACUCACAUCAAAUUCCAUUUCAGUCAGACUAAAAAGGAACCAGAGCAAAUACUGGAAAUAACAAUAUCAAUAAGGAUAUGAAAUCAUAUCUGUUUAAGGUUUGCUAAAGAUGUCGUUGAUGUUCAGCCAAAGUUUACACAAAAAGGUUGGAUUUUUACCGUCUGUCGGUGCUGACUUUUACAUAAAACCCUUUAAAUGCUCAUACGAGUCUGUGUGCGCGGGGCGUGAUAUUUUUGUUUUGUAGGACAGUAGGGAAAAGUCCCGCCUCCUUCGCCUCUGAUUGGCUGUGAAACGUCAUCACACGCUCAAGGCAAACGUGGGCUGUCGGCUCUGUACAUGGAACAGAACAUUAUCGUAAUUCUGUAUCUCCUGACCCGACACAGACGAUGAAGUUUCACAGCCAUCAGGAAUAACCAAUUGGAGCCAACAAGUUCAUGAACGAUCGCUCAUUGAAAGUGUUCUGACACAACACUGCCUACAGGCUGACCCGGCUGUUCUGAGCAGGUCAAAGUUAAUCACCUUGAACCCUGGCAGAGUUUUUAAUCCAGGACCAGAUCUUUUGGAUUUUUUUUAAGUUCCCUCCUGAUUCUAAUGAGAGGGUUUUGAGGUGACUGACCUGAACUGUCUCUGCAGGAGAACAGGGCUCUGAGGACUAGUCUGUAUGCUUUGGAACAGGUAAUCCUUGGUUAGACUUAGAGAUCCCAUAGACCCUUUGUGUAGACCCCCCAAAUACUGACCCAGUUUAGAGUACCUUGACACUGUGAUCAUUUAAACUGUUGGAUUUCUGAAAGAGAGUGAACUUUAAAGCCAGAUCAGAGUCUGUUUAGUGAACAGGAGGACCAAUCACAGUUGUCGUUUUUGACUCCAUCCUCCUCCUCCUCCUUCUCCUUCUGCUCCGUCUUGUUUCCGUGGUCAUCACCCUUUCCUGACUCCUCUCUGCUCCUCCCUCAUCAUCAGACCCUGGACUCAUGUGUGCCCCCCUCCUCUAAACAAAUUUGUGUCUGUGUUCAGAUCCAGACAGUGAAGACACAGGAGAUGAAUUUGCUGCGUGAACAGCAGGAGGCGCUGACGUCUGAGCUGCAGCAGAGACGUGGAGAGCAGGAGAGUCUGUUAGCUCAGAAGGACGACCUCAACUCUCAGCUGCAGGUAAAACCGCCCACACAGGGGCUCUUACUUUUUUCACAUGUGCUCCUUACGAAAUUUAGGGGCACAAUGAAAAUUGAUCAAAUUAUGUUUGUCUUAUUGUCCGACCUUAGUACUAUUAUUUGAAAUCAAAUUUAGGUCUUUUGGUCACAGGACAUGGAAGCUAUUGAAGGAAAAUAGCCUUUUCUGAGAACAUCAACUGGUAACCAACAAUAAACAUUACCAUGAAUAGAAUAGAACAGAAUAGACUUUAUUUGUCAUUGCACAAAGCAACAAAAUUUAAUUGUGCCAUCCUGAAUGCAAAAAGAACAAAAACAAGUACAACAAUGCAUACAUAUGACAGCAUUCAUCCAUGUUAAAAGACAUAUUUAAAACAUAAAGACGUUGAUCAACAUUGACCGUCGUGUUACUGUAGUUAUGCUGCAUACGUGGACCCAUAUUGCACUGUUAAAUGAGGAGUAAUUGCACUUAGUCCCAUAUUGCACUGUUAAUAAAUAAAUAAAUAAAUACAUGAAUAGAAUGAAUAAAGGGUCACAUUAUUGCAUUUAUUGGCUUGACAUUAAGUUCAGUUAUGGCUCUGUGAAAGAAACUGUUUUUGAGUCUAAAGGUGCGGGCUCUGAGUGCCCUAUAGCGCCUCCCUGAGGGUAGCAGAGAGAACAGGUGAUGACUGGGGUGGCUGGAGUCUCUGAGGAUCUUGAUAGUAGUGUGUCGGCAGCGUGUCCUGAAAAUGUCUUCCUAUCCGGCUGUUAAGCCGUGACGUAGCCGCGUUCUCUUUUUCCACUUCCGGGUCCAGCGGCGUUGUUGUUAUAAUGCCUCAGUGCUAUGUCCCUUGCUGCUUAAACUGAUCAGAGACAAAAACAGCGACUAAACUAUCAUUCUACAGAUUUCCUCCCAACAACAAAGACAACAAAAUAACUUCAUCAUUUCUGUAUUGUAUCCAUAGACUGUAUACAGUCUAUGAUUGUAUCACAAACACACGGCAUCACAUCCAUUCAUUCAUUGAAUUCAAAGCUUCGCGCACCAAAGCCUCGGGGUGUCUUUGGUUUAUCGUUUCACAUUUAUUGUCCACUUGAUGGCGCAAUAGAGCAAAUGAAGCACGAUCAUGAAGCUUCGGCCCAGGAGGUGAGUAAUUGGAUGGAAAGCUUCGAUGCUUCAUGAGGCUUCAUCUCGCCAUCGCUAAAAUUUACGUUAAUAACUCUAUCCGAGUUGAAAGCUUUAAGUCCCUUUUUAACUCUGAGUGGUUCCCUUCUGAAAAAGGAGGUUAUUUUAAAGAGAUUCACGGGUUCCGCCAUUGUUGUUUUGAAUGGAGAGUGAAUGGAGGCUGACUCCCCAUGGACCAUGAAGCCGCUCCGCUCACAAAAUGACGUCACGCUUAACAGCCGGAUGGGGGCAGACUGAGUCCAAUGAUCUGAAUGAAUCACAAAAAAAAAUCAUGUACAAAGACAAAAACCUAACCCUACAACAUGUCCAGAACCUGUUAAAACUGAGGGACUCUAAUUACAACCGAAGAGGCUGUGGAUUAUUUCAGAAACCGAAAGCGCGAACAAAUGGCAAAAAUUUUUGUGUGUCUGUAAAAGGACUGUCCGGUAUAAAUGAGAAAAUGUAGAACUCUGGUAAACUUUAAGAGACUUUACAAGAAUAUGCUAUUUCUCAGUAUUGUAGAGAAAAUGAUGUCUGAUUAUGAAUGUAAAAUGUAAAGCAUGUUCAUGACUCUAUCGGAGUUGAAGAGUGAAUAUAUAUCGAAGUGUUGAUAAUUGUAUGAAGAGAGUAUCUGUAUAAUGAACUCUGUUUAAGGCGGAGGUCUUUAUAAGCAUUGCUUCUGCCUACACCCUUUUGGUCAUAUUAUACAGAAAUAAAUAAAUCCUAAUUGCAAAAAUAAUUUAUUGACGGUCCCUUAUUCAACACCCAACAUUGACAGUGAGGGUGUCGAGUAGAUUUAACCGCGCUGCUGUUGUUAUUCCCGGUUAUAGAGAGUGAGAAGACACCGGUAGAUCCUCAGUGAAAGCUCGUCAAAUAUCCAACCUGAAACUAACUUCACCGCCGUAUUUACAGGAAAAAACAUUUGUUGAGUUUUUUCUAUGCACACAUGUGACCCUAAAUACAUUUUACAAUUCACACACGUCUAUUUUUAGUCACAAAUGAGAGUGAAACGGUCGCACUGUUGAGGCCUGUGCUGGCUGUAGUCGCGUCAUGUCCCUCACUUAUGAGAAGGUGUGUGGAUGAUGAUGGUGCUAAGAAACCGUCAUGUCCGUGCAAACAGCUGACAGUAAAAGGCAGUACUUAGUUAAACCGGGCUCAGUCUGGACCACAGAAACAUCCCCACAGUAUCCCUGUACAAAUGCAGUCAGUAGUUAUUGUUGUUGUUUUAAAGUUUGCACCAUCAGGACCUUUUUUAUCUUCAUGUCCACCUUCUCCCCCGUCUAAUGAGUUCGGCUGAAAUGUUUUCACCUCAGAGAUAGAUCCGUUCAUGUAAACAUAUCAACAAACGUGCAUUUGUCAGGUUUUUGUGUUUCUGCACCAUCGCAGCUCUGCAGAAAUUUAGGUUUCAGGAUUUACCGUAGCUUCGUCAUCAUAAAGUCAAACAAAACAAACAUGUCAUCCAGACUGUGGUUGUUUCUCUGGGAACACAGUGAAGAAGGGAACCUCCUCCAUGUUUGAAAACCACCCGUCUAAAAGUGGCGGCCUGUCUUUGGCGUGGAGGAAGUUCUGCAGAAGUUCCCGCUUCACCUCCUUCCCUCUGACCUCCUCUCUGUUCCUUCUUCAGGAGUCCAGCUUUGCAAACAGGAAGUUGUUGGAGCAGCUGACGGAGGAAGGACAAGAGAAGGAGAAGUUGCUGAGAGAGCUGGACGAGGCCAAGAAGGUCCGUGCGCACACACACACACACACACACACACACACACACACACACACACACACACACACACACACACACACACACACACACACACACAAACCCACAAACCCUGUGGUCCAUGUUUGAUUGGUUUCUGUGCAGACUGCAGAGAAGAGGAAGGCCAUGUUGGAUGAUAUGGCCAUCCAGCUGAACCAGGAGAAGUCCGACCACAAGGAGGCGCUAUCGGACCUCAAACUGCAGCAUGAGAAGGAGGUGAGACAUGAGAAACAAGACUGCAGGGUUAGAUCUGCUCAGGUUUUCAGACAGUUUCUCUUUUUUUAAACCUAAAAGAUUAGUUUUUUAAUUAUCAUUUCCUCCUCUUUCUCCUCCUUGUCAUAACGUCUCCUUAUUUCACCUCCUCUGAUGUCUGAAAAUCCACGUCUGACUCUUUUGGUGUUUUUUGUUUCCUUUCCUUAUCUCCUUUCCUUACCCCCUCAGGUUCUCGGGGUGAGGGCUCGAUACGAGAAGGAGCUCCGCGGACUCCAUGAGGACAAGAACCGCUCUGAGGAGGAGAUCCGACAGCAGCUCAGGGACGAGAAGGUGAAUAUGAGAGGAGGGGAAAAGGAGGAGUGAGGAGGAAACAAUGAGGAAGGAGGAGGUGAGGGGCGAAAAGGAGGAAGGAAGAGAAGAGGGAGAGAGGAGGUGUGAGGAGGAAACAACAAGGCAGGGGGAGAUAAGGAGGAAAAAAGGAGGAACGAGGAGUGAGGAGGAAACAACGAGGGAGGAGGAGACAAGGAAGAAAAAAGGAGGGAGGGGGAGUGAGGAGGACACAACGAGGGAGGAGGAAACAAGGAGGAAAAACAAGGGGGGAGGAGGCGAGAGGGUAAACAAGGGAGGAGGAGUGAGAAGGAAACAAUGAGGGAGGAGGAGAUGGGGGGGCAAGGAAGGAGGAGAAAAGGGGGGAAACAAGGACGAAGGAGUGAGGAGGAAAAACAAGGGAAGAAGAAGAGGGAGGAAAAUGAGGGGGGAGGAGGGAGGAGGAAACAACAAGGGAGGAGGAGAUGAGGAGGGAAACAGGGAAGGAGGAGUAAGGAGGAAACAAAAAGGGAGGAGGAGAUGAGGGAGGAGGAGUGAGAGGAGAAAAACAAGGGAAGAAGGAGAAGAGGGGGGGGGAAACAAGGAAGGAGGAGAUGAGGGGGGGAAACGAUUUUGUGUGAAAAAGUUGACAAUGACUGAAACUCUGAGUCUGAAGAAGAACUCUUCGGUUAUGUGACCUUGUUUUUCCGUCUGCGUCAGGCUCGAACGAAGGAGUUGGAGGGUCUCCAGCAGCGGGUGGAGGAGCUGCAGGCUCAGGUUCUGUCCAUGGAGGGGACCAAAGGAUGGUUCGAGAGGAGGCUGAAGGAAGCCGAGGUCAGUCACCCUCACAGACACGUUUAAUAUCCUCGUUUUCAGCAGGUGAGGUAUCGUCCAAUCAGAAACUCUGGAGGGACUGGCGCACCUGUCAGGUGUUUCUGUGACGUACUAACGGUCUAAGGGAUCUCUAACACAGAGGUGUUUCAGCCGGCUUCACCCAGAAGAGGGCGCUGUGAGAAGAAACGAACCAUUUUACUGCUAAAGGUGUGGUGGUCCUCACAGGACCCCGACCCUCUGACAUCUUUAAAUCCAGACUCAUACACCUGUCAGGAUUUUCAACACCUGGGCAAUAGGGAUAUCAAGAUUCACUGAUUCAUAUCGGCGGUACAAACAUUUGCUAUGCGACUGCACCGGCAGAUUCAAGAAGCGUCGAUAUAAUUUAGGGGUGAAUUUGCGGUGCGUCUCUUCUCGCCUGUCUGCUCUGGUAAACCUCAUUUUUAAAUCGAUUUCAUGUUCUAGUAUCUAUUCCCUGUCCUAAAUCCUGACUAAAUCAUGUGUUUUAUAAGAUACGAUUUAUUUAUUUGCUCCAUAAACAAGGGAGGAGGAGUGAGAGGGAAACAAUGAGGAAGGAGGACAUGGGGGGGGGGGUCAACGAGGGAGAAGGAGUGAGGAGGAAACACAAGGGAGGACGAGAUGAGGGGGGAAAACAAGGGAGAAGGAGUGAGGGGGAAAAAGGAGGCAGGAGGAGUGAGAAGGAAACAGUGAGGGAGGAGGAGAUGGUGGGGGCACAACAAGGGAGGAAAAGUGAGGCGGAAACAACGAGGGGGGGGAGACAACGGGGGGUAACAAUGAAUGAGGAGACAAAGAAGAAAAAAAGGGGGAGGAGGAGUGAGGAGGAAAAAGGAGUGAGGAGGAGUGAGGAGGAAACAAUGAGGGAGGAGGAGACGAGGGGGGAAACAAGGACAAAGACGAGGGGGAAAAAUCAAGGGAGCAGGAGUGAGGAGGAAACCACGAGGGGGAGGAGACAAGGGGGGAAAAACAAGGAAGGAAGAGACAAGGGGGGAAAUCAAGGAAGGAGGAGUGAGGAGGAAAAAAGAGGGAGAAGAAGUGAGGAGGAAACACAAGGGAGGAGGAGAUGAGGGGGGAGAAGGAGUGAGGGGGAAAAAAGAGGGAGAAGAAGUGAGGAGGAAACGCAAGGGAGGAGGAGAUGAGGGGGGAAAACAAGGGAGAAGGAGUGAGGGGGGAAAAGGAGGCAGGAGGAGUCAGAAGGAAACAAUGAGGGAGGAGGAGAUGGGGGGGCACAACAAGGGAGGAAAAGUGAGGAGGAAACAACGAGGGAGGGGGAGACAAGGGGGGGUAACAAUGAAUGAGGAGACAAAGAAGAAAAAAAAGGGGGGAGGAGGAGUGAGGAGGAAAAAGGAGGGAGGAGGAGUGAGGAGGAAACAAUGAGGGAGGAGGAGACGAGGGGGGAAACAAGGACAAAGACGAGGGGGAAAAAUCAAGGGAGGAGGAGUGAGGAGGAAACCACGAGGGGGGAGGAGACAAGGGGGGAAAAACAAGGAAGGAAGAGACAAGGGAGGAAAUCAAGGAAGGAGGAGUGAGGAGGAAAAACAAGGGAAGAAGGAGGCAAGGGGGGGAAAACGGGUCGGGAGGAGUGAGGAGGAAAUAUUAAGGAAGGAGGAUGAAUAAAAGUAAAUGCUCUGUCUGUACAGACUGAAUCAUGUCUUUGUAAAAAUAUGAUUUAUUGAUUUGCUUCAUAAAAAACGACAUAAAUAUUAAAAAUUAAUACAGAGAGUAGAGCAAAUCCUUUAAUAAUGAAGUCAUAUCGUUAUUAAAUCAUUUUUGAAUUGUAUCGUAUCGAUGGGAACUUCAGUGUAUCGUUAAUGCUCACUAUUGGUGGCAGCGUAUCGAAUCGGCCUCAGUGGUGGAGAUCUACAUCUCUACUGGACGGAUUUUCUGAACCAUCGACACCUGUCACAGAUUUAAUUUUUUUUAACUUUAUUUUUCAGUAUAGCAUGGUUCGAGACAAUUAUUUCUUUACAACCAUUUUUUCUUUUUUUUCUCAAAAAUAAAGAGAGAGGAAAAAAACAAGAAAAGAAAAAGGGAACAAAGGAACAGGGGGCAGUUCUUAGUCCUUAUUUUGCAAGUGGUAAACAGAGGUCCACAUAGUCUGUUUAUUAAGCUUCAAGCUCCUUAAACGCUGUCCAUUUCCUCCAUUUUUGAUGAAAGGUAGCCUCAAGUGGUAAGGUAGACUUUCCAUGGUAUAAAUUUCGCCCAUAAUGUCCAUCCACUUUCACAGUAGCGGGUGAUCGGUUUUCAUCCAGUUCCCUGCGAUAGCCUUUUUGCAUGCAAUAAUCAAGACCUUAAAUAGAUAAACAUCUCCUUGUUCUAUUACCUUCUCAGGUAUGGCUCCUAAAUACAUGAAUUUGGGAUCUCUUUGACAGAUAUAGUGCAGGAUUUUUCCCAGUCUCGUUCACUUUGUUGUUUCCCAGAUUUUAACUUUUUUAGGCCUGAAACUCGAGAGAAAGGAAAAAAAAGCAGAAGUUUGUGUGGACACUGGAGGAUAAAGCUGCAGACAUUCAGAAACUUUGGUUAGGUGUUCGUCAUUUAGAGUAAAAAACUAAACUAUGAAGUUUAGAAAUACUCCAACAGGUGGAAUAAAGGAGGAGGAGGAGGAGGAGGACAUCUUCAGGUCUCUCUGACAGUGGUUAUUGAUCUCUCUGCAGGAGAACAUCGAGAAAAAGUCUCUGGAACAUCAGGAGGAGUUGGAGCGCCUGCAGAAAGAGCACACACUUCAGUUAGAGGUAAGCACUGACACACACACUCACACACACACUCACACACACACACAGAUCCACGUGGUCCUGGAGAACAGGUGUCUUUGUAAAUAUAAAUACAGGAGUGUGGGUGUUUGUUUAUACUUGCAGUCAGUGUAGGUGUGUGUAUUGUGUGUAUUGUGUGUGUCAGCAUCAGAUCGGGGGUCCGGCUCUAACUGAACGUGUGUUUCUAAUUAAAGCAUAGCCGUUUUCAUGGUAACACAGACAGGUCAAAGGGUGUUAAAGAGCCGAUCAGAGCGGAGGAGUCUGCGUUAAAGCGAGCGUUCCUCUGCAGCGCCCUGAUUGAUUGGCUUGUUGCGGUUCUUCCUCUGCUGUUUGACCACAUGACUCAUCCUCUGCAGAGGAAAGGUUUGUUUACCUUCAGACGCCGUGUUGGAGGAGGAGUGAGGAGGACUUCACAAGUACACAUGGAUAUAUCUCUGCAGCUUAUUCUAGGAACUGUCCCCUCGUAAAUUUAGGCUCUCUAAAGUCUCUCCGUCCUCGUUUAGAAACUUUCUCUGCUGCGAACGCCACCACUCUGCUCCAUGCUCCACUCGUGUGUCUCUGAAGAAAAGACGCCUCUUUUCAUUCACUGAACGAUCAACGGGAGCCAAACGUCACAGUUUGAUCAGACUCCGGCGUCUUAAUGAUUGAAGGAAAGAUGAACAACAGCAAAGGAGAAAUGGACCCUGAAGGGGGGACCUGAGGGGGGCUCUGGUCCUCAUCAUCAUCCAGCAGGGUCUGAAUGAGUCUGCGAUAGGGCUGGAAAAUUUCAUCAAUUUUCAAAGUUGGAAACUUUCCACGGGAAUUAACGUGAAUAAAUCUAAAAUGUACAAAAUUGAAGGUUGGUCCUAAACAGGGAACUGAAAGUUAGUUGGUGAAAAUGUAUUGUAGCAUUAUCUUGGCUACUCAACUCAAAUUUAUUUGUAAAGCACUAUCAACCACAGCUGAACAAAUUGCUGUACAUAAAUACACAAAUCAACGCAGACAAAAACACACAAUAAUGGUCUGACACAGCCAGGUCAACAACAGAGCACACACUGGCUGACAGCCCAUAGCUGAGGACUAGAUCCAAGGUGUGUCCUUUGUUGUGAGUCGGCUGUGUGACGUGUUGUGUAAAAUCCAAGCAAUUAAGUAGAUUUAAAAACUCAUUUUUCCUGUUAAGUGGCAUAUAUAUUUGACUGUCAUCACCAUAACAAUAAAAAGAAAUGCUAUGUCUUCUUUGGGUGGAGCCCAGGGGCAGUAAAUACAAAGAAAAGAGCAGGGGCCCUAAAAUGGACUCUUGUGGAACCCCAUACAGCAGUGGAGCAGAGCUGGACACUGAAUCUUCAAGGCUGUGUCUCAUUUCAGAGACCGCAUCAGGAUAAGCGCGCUUUAUUUGUGCGACCUUGAACAGACACAAAAUAGUAGAUACAUACAAGCACAGAUCAUUCCCACAAAAUUCAUCCAAUGAUUGUUUUGUAUGAAGGAGUAUGAGGACCGUAUUGAGAAUUUUUUUUAAAGACUUUGAGAUUUCAGUCGUGAAUUUACGAGAAUAAAGUCAUUAAUUUAUGAGAAUAAAGUCGUAAGUUCAGCUGUUAUUUCAGAGGAGACUUGUUAAAAUUAGGGCCAUGAAGCAUUUGAAGGAACUGUGCUUCAGUAUAUGUUUCACAAACAAGGAGAUACUUCAUCCUUUGGCACAUCAGCAUCACAUUGUCAUAAGUAUAAAGACUUAAAAAAAAGAAUAUAUGAGAAAUAUGUCUUUUCCACGGGAAAAAAAACUGCUGUACUUGAAGGAAAUCGCUGCUUUUGUGGAGGCAGAAAUGGAUAUGCUGAGGAUAUAUCUGUCAAUGCAGCCGUAAAUAUCCGUGAAUGACAUUGAGCUUUAAUUUAUAUGAAUCCAUAUGCAAUAAUAAGGUAUUGGUGUCUCUGCAGGUGUAGGCUACGGCCGGUGUCAGAGACGUGGUGCUCGUCUGAGCUCGACUCCCUCUGGAUUAGUGCUGGGCGAUAGGACGAUAGAUAUCGUUGGCACGAUAGAAAAUGUCUAUCGUGCCAUUUUUAUUUUUAUCGUUUCGGGCGAUAGGCUGUAUUUAAUCCAUAGGGCUUGUGCCAUCAGAUGAUUCAUAGUAACAACAACAAUAAUUGCACAUUCAGUAAGUGUAUUUGGUGUCGAACGGGAUAGAAAACAAUAUUUUCUUACAAAGAAAAGGAUGCGUUGACAUGUGGGCUUGCAUUUCUCUUUCGAUUUUGCGACAUGACGCCGCUUUACGUGCCCUCUUUAUGUCCAGCGUCUCCCGCCGUUGCGGGUUACCUGGGUUACACAUGUGAGGGGAUCAUUGUAAGCAGUGCUUAAUUUGUGCCAGAGCAAGUCGGAGCGCGAUCCGGGACCUCUUUUGAUCGGAUCUGGGACCUAUUUCAGCCGCUCCGGCACCUGUUUCAUCUGCUCCGGGACCUUCCCUGUAGAGGAUGACUUUUUUCGGGAAUUCCCGUGGGUCACGUGAUUCCCGCGGGAAUCCCACGGGAUAGGAGUCAUUUUUUUAUUAAUCCCUUGAUCGAGACGGGACGGGAAAAAAAGCAACGGGAGUGGGCAGGAGCGGGAACAACAUUAAUAGAUGAUCAUUUUCAGCCGUGUUUAACAACCAGAUGAACAGGUGCGUCCAUUUUUGUAGUCAUCUCUCAGUGAGAGCCAACACUCUUGACCGCCCUAGCAACACAAAAGAACUACAACAGCGGUUUGACUUCCUGUCAGCUGGGAGCGUGGCUGCGCAUUUGUACCCUUCGAGCCAGGAGCGGGAAAACGUAAUUUUGUGACAUUCUGUAGUUUUUCAAUCAUUUCUGGAGUCGUGGCGAAUCAAAUCACCUUACCUGUCUGCCCCUGAUAGGCGAAUAAAGCGCUCGGAUUCAUGCUCGGGUCUUGCUACGUGCUUCAAGAGUAAAGUAAACAAUGAUGGAGGCAGAGAGCAGCUUUGGAGGAGAAACAUCUAGCAGUGUGAACAACCUCUUCAAAAGAGCCCUAAAGACCUACCUUUUUAAUAAAGCCUUUGGUUAGUUUUCCUCUAUGCUUUAUGCUUUUACUACCUUGCCUCUUACAUUGCAACUCUAUAUAUUUUAUUUUUUUAAAAUUCUUUUUUAUGCCAAUCUGUGACUGUCAUUCUAUUGCUUUUUUUAUUGUUGCUGCUCUUUUUUUACUGUGUACUGUAGCACUUUGAGAUUUUUUGUAAAUGUAAAGUGCAUUACAAAUUAAAUUUAUUAUUAUUAUUAUUAUUAUUAUGGAGUGCAUAACGCACGUCAGCCACAUAUUUAUUUAUUCAUUUUUCUAGUUUUAAGUGCUGGUCUUGUACUGGUACUGUACUAGUGCAGCUGUAUACACUUAAAUUUUUCAUAGAACUGAAAGCAUACCAUAGCUAUAUCGUGAUAUAUAUCGUUAUCGUGAUAUAAAAUGAUCCAUAUCGUGAUAUACAUUUUUUUCCAUAUCGCCCAGCACUACUCUGGAUCACAAAUGUUGAUUAUCAUCAGUUUGAUUGUUUCUUCAGAAACCACAAAAUCUCUCUGAAUGACCCGCUGAUACAUCCACCGAUAACCCUGCAGAUGACCAGCUUCAGUCAUUUCCCCCUCCACAAAAGCAGCUUUAUGACUUUAUUUACUUUAUUCUCCUAAAUUUACAACUUUAAUCUCUAAAUCUUAAAAGAAAAGAAACCCUCAAUGUUGUCCUGAUACUCUGCUGUAGUUUUGUCAGCUUUCUUAUUUCUAAUGUUUUUGAUAGUUGUAACACAGCGGAUCAGUUCGUCUCUAAAUCUAUAAUGUUUGGUUUGCAGAUUUUAGUGAGUUCAGAGAUCAUGUGCUCGUACAGCCUGAGCUGACUGUCUGCUGUUUUUGGAUUGCUUGUAUUUUCUUUGAAGACGCGCUGUGUCUCCAAGCGAGUCCAGCCUCUCACCUGAAAUGCUCAGCUGUGCAGCGGCACGCAAAGAAUUCUGGGAUACCAACGGCACGAAAGCGUGCAUAAAUGCACGCUUGAAAAAUGCUAAGCGCGCUUAGCAUUUCUUAGCAUUUCGUGCCAAAUGGGACACCGUUCGCGCUGCUUGAUGACAUCAUGCACGCUUCAAAUGCGCCGUUCGACGGUGCGGUCUCUGAAAUGGGACACAGCCCAAGGCUCACACUCGUUGUUCUGUCAGCCAAAUAUGACUUGAACCACUCCAGUGCAGUACCACAGAUACCUAUAAGGUGGGGUAGCAGAGCCACUAGAGUAUUGUGGUCCACUGUGUCAAAAGCUGCAGUUAGAUCCAACAGAACAAGAAUAACAUUAUCACCUAAAACUACCAGAUUUAAUGCAAGUCCACUCCUCAAUCACAUGAUCACACUGCUUACUGCAGGGAUAUUGAGGCCACAGCCCCUACAUGCACUGUGCAUUCCUCAAUCACAUGAUUCACAGAUGAUUUCUUGAACCCUGGAGGCCACUCUUUAGAGCCUAAAGCACAAGACAUUUGAACCCACAGACUAUAAAGUCAAGUAAGUUUGGAUGAUAUUAUGGGGUAAAUAUAUUUGAUCUAUAAUAGUAUUAAUAUUUAACUUGUAAAAAUUAAAUAAAAAUAGGUGCUAAAUGUAAGUUAUUUUUUGGUAGCUACUUCAAAUGUGAUGCUGUUUCUUCUGACUCCUGACAGAUGGUUUGCUGUAACCAAACAAUCAUUUAUACAUCAAUAAUCAAAUAUUUGGAAGACCAUUCCAGUUGUUUAGCCAACUAUAUUUCUGUUCAUGCCAUUGCAUUAGUGUUUUUACAAGAUUUUUUGUUAUUUUAUUCUAUAGAAAAAUGCCACGUUCACCAUCUGAUGUUGAAGGAAGAAUAUUUGUAUUUAUGUUUGGAUAUGAUACAGUUUGUUUAAAUUAACCCCAAUUUACAGUGAAUUCCCAUAAAUUUCCAUAACUCCCAUUAUUUCCAUGAAAGUUUCCAAUCUGGAUCAUUUCCAAAAUUCCUCAGUUUAACUUCCCGUGAAAAGUUUCUGGAAGUUUUCUGGCCGUUUGAAACCUUUCGUGUAAAUAUAAAUCUGAGAGUUUGGACCGGACUUUCAAAGUUGGACUUUCAAAGUUGGACUCUCGAUCAUUCCUACACGGUUCUUCUCAGAGAGAGCGAGAGCUGGGCUCCUUUUUUACCCAGAGGAUCGAUCCAGUUCCUCUGGUUCUGGUUUUGGUACUGAAACACUUGAAAAGUGUGUCUGAAGUUAUGUAAGAGGUUCAGCUUCUCCUGGGAGAACACAUGGUUGAUGGAUGGCUGAGCGUGAGUGUGUGGACCGCCUCCCUCUGAACACACCUGUCACAGGUGAGGUCACAGGUGAGGUUACCUGAGUGAUGGUCCAGGUGUUGACUUACUCUGAGCGCCAGGUGCUUCACUCAGAACCACACACACAGACACCUGAAGGGAGGAAAGGAGGAAGGAAGGACGUAAGGGAGGGAGGUAGAAAGGAAGGAAGGACAGGAGGGAGGGACGAAGGAAGGAAGGAAGGAAGGAAGGGAGGGUGGGAGGGAGGUAAGGAGGGAGGAAGGAAGGGCGAAAAAAAGAAUGGAAAGAAGGAAGUGAGGGAGGAAGGAAGGGAGGAAGGGAGGAAGGAAAGGAGGGAGGGAGGAAGGAAGAAAGAAUGGAAAGAAGGAAGUAAGGGAGGAAGGAAAGGAGGGAGGGAAGAAGAGGGAUGAAGGGAGGAAAGAAAGAAGGGAGAGAGGGAGAAGGGAAGGGAGGGGAAAGGAAGUAAGUGAGGGAGGGAGGUAGAAAGGAAGGAAAGAAGGAAGGAAGUUAGAGAGGAAGAAAAGGAGGGAGGGAGAACAAAAGAGGGAGGGAGGAAGAAAGGAAGGGAGGGAGGAAGAAUGGAAGGAAAGAAGGAAGUAAGGGAGGAAGAAUGGAAGGAAAGAAGGAAGUGAGGGAGGGCGGAAGAAAGGAAUGAAAGAAGGAAGGGGGAGGAUGGAUGGGAGGGAGGAAGGAAGGAAGGAAGAAAAGAAAGGAGUGAGGAAGGAAAGAAAGGAGGGAGAAAGGAAGGAACAAAGGAAAGAAAGAAGGAAGGAAGUUGGGGGGAAGAAAGAAGGGAGGAAGAUAGGAGGGAUUAAACAAAGGGAGGGGGGGCAGGAAGGAAAGAUGGAGGAAAAGCAGGAAGGAAGAAAGGAAAAGGGGAGGUAGGAAGGAAGUCAAGAUGGGAGGGAGGAAGGAAUGAAGGGAGGGAGGAAUGAACAAAGGGAAAGAAGGAAAGUAGGAAAGAGGGGAGGAUGCAGUGAUGCUUGGUGUCCAGCAGGGGGAGAUCUGUGUAAAUCUGUGUUUCCAGUUUUAACCUGAAAAAUAAAUAAAGAAAACCUGAUCCUAAAGUGGACCUCCUGACACUCCAAACAGGAAGAACUCUUUUUAUCGUCAGUCUGAUAACCAACCAAUCAAAUUCAGCCGCUGAGCAUCAUAGGAAAUGUCAAAGUUACAAGACCUCUCAGCCAAUCAGAUUACAGGGCUGACUGUGGGGUCCUGAGAGGAGACUGAAGGACUCCAGAGACUGUGUAUGUGUGUGUGCGUGUUAUCUAAGAGCAGGAAGAGGAAACUUAAUAGGAAAAGUUAAUUAAUGAUGAAGGAGGAAGUCUAAUUAGCGGCUCGUCCUCUUGGCAGGUGCGCUCAGUGUUCAGACUUGAGUUUCAGUGCUUACGUGUCAUUUAAAGGUGAUCACAUGAACCUUUGGUUGAAAGGCUCAGAGAGGCGGGUCUGUGAUCUGGUUCAGUAUUAGAACCAGAACCAGAAUCAGCUGUUUCUGUGACUGAAGUGAAAAUCUCAAACAGUCAAAUUCAUUGUGUUUCCUUGCUGAGCGGACUGAAGCCGUGUCCUUAAAACCAGAGACUCUGUGUGUGUGUGUGUGUGUGUGUGUGUGUGCGUGCGUGCGUGUGUUUCCCUCGGUGGGUCAGGUGGGCGUUUUCAGCCUGUUUUUCCUCUUCAUGAAGAUUUCAGUCAAAUUAAUUAGCAGCAGAUUAGAGAUAAAAGGAGAAUUAGGAGGCUCUUUUUUUUUCACAUUAAUCCUUAAAUCGGCUGGAUUUACGGGGGGGGUGGUAUCAGGAAUUUUUACCACAGACAGAAGGAAGUUUCUUAGUUUCUUAAAGGGGCUUUUUAUGUCUCAGAGGGACGGGCAGCCUCUUGGUCUGGUGUAAAAAUUGGUUCAGUUCUGGUCUGAUAGAUUUUGACAAAACCAGAGACUGUACAGUGGGACCAUUUUCAAAAUAAAAGUCUAAUGUGUCUGUGUGUCUGUAUCUGUGUCUGUGUGUUCUGCAGGAGAAGCAGUCACAGAUGGAGGCAGUAAAGCAGCAGCUGUUGGAGCUGGAGAAACAGAAGGAGGAACACAACGACACCAUCGCCAAACUUAAACAGGUAACACCUCAGAACACCUGAGUUUACCCAACUACAUGUGACUACACCUGACUUCACCUGACCAGUGUUGGGGAAGUUCACUUUCUACCUGAACUAGUUCAGUUAACACAUUUUAAAAUAAACUUGUUCAGUUUAUUGUUCAUAAUUCCACAUCUUGAAUUUAAGUUCGUGGUUCCCAAAAAUGAAUUAAUUUAGUUGUUUUGUUUUUUUCUCCAAAACUUUGCUUUAAGCUUUUAUAUGUCGAUUUUUUACAGAGCAGCGAUUAUUUUAGCCAAUUUAACACUGAAACUGCAUCAGAUUAAUCUUCAUAUUUAUUUUUGAAUCCUAAUCCAACCAGGUUUACAAUAGAGAGGACAGUCCUCAGAAUACUGGUGUUUCCCUAAAGUUCAGUCCUAACCAGUAGGAACAUUCAUCUCUAGAGUAUAUUUUCAUAAACAUGAAGAAAACCUGCUGGUUGGUUGGUUGACUCUUUAUUAGGAUUAUAACAGGACUGUGGUCCUUAAGGUGUUUUUUAUUUCUGUACUUUUCCAAACCAACCUGGAAACAAUUAACAUCAAAUUCUAUUUCAGUCAGACUAAAAAGGAACCAGAACGAAUACUGGAAAUAACGAUCAACAAUAAAUGCUCAUACGAGUUUGUGUGCUUCGGGCAGCUAGUGCGACCUCCCUCAUCCAUCAUGUUUACUGAAAUCAUGACGACUGAUGUAUUUAUCUGAGCAACAGACAGGCUACUUGCAGUUGCCAGAUUGGGUGACUUUCCCCUAAAUAUGAAGGCCUGUUUACGGUGUGUUUUAGCUGGGGUUUCACCUGGAAGGUUCUGGACAUCUCACACACUUGUUAACAGAGUUUAAAAUGCCGCUUACAGACGCCAGAAUGAGCGUGUUUAACAUCAACGCGAUCAUACGCAAAUAAAGAACGAAACAUUCACGUUCACCUGAAAUAUGAAUGAGUUCACUGCAACUGACUACACCUGUCCACUUUAGCUAAACUCAUGUAGAACAGGUAUAAGACCCACAGGUAUGGAGGAGCUCUAAAAGACGGUUUUAUUUUUUUGCUUUUUUCUCUUCCUGUUAACGUCUCUGUCUCUGCAGGAAAUAAAGGACACAGUGGAUGGACAGAGGAUUCUGGAGAAGAAGGGAAGUGCAGCGGUGAGUUCAUGAUCGUCCAAUUAUUUCAGAGAAUUCAGACGGAUUGGGUUUGAAGGGUUUGAAAAGAGAUGAGAGAGUGAAUAUAUUCAGCAGAGUAAUUUAAGAGCAGUGGAGCAUGGAAAAGAAUAAUUAGAAAGUAAAUCCCUGACUGCUGUGUGUGUGUGUUUGUGUGUGUGUGCGUGCGCGCAGCUGAAGGACCUGAAGCGGCAGCUGCAGCUGGAGAGAAAGCGAGCCGACAAGCUGCAGGAGAGACUCCAGGAGAUCCUGACCAACAGCAAGACCAGGACAGGUACAGACACACCUGAAGCACACCUGCGAAGGUCUGUGAGGGUCCAAGUCCAAGAAUAUGACUGUCCGUGAACACCUCAGUCAGGGGGGCAGAGCUCAGCAGCAGACCCUGAGUCUGACCUCAAACAGCUGAGACUAAGAUCCAGGCCUGGGCUGAUAAUCAAUAAUUCAAUCAAUCAGGACGAUAAAUGGAAAUGAACUGGAUCAUUUUACGCUGUGCAUGUGUGUUUGUGUCCUCCGUCUGCUUUGAACACAGAAGUAUAAUCAGGCUGUAAAAUCCACAGAUUCUGCAUCGUUUGAACCCUGAAAACUCCAGACUCUGUUCGUUUAUAAUUCUGAUUUUUUUAGAUUUCUGUAACCAAAACAAAAUUGGCAGCAGGUCCUCAGACUCCAGGCUUAAAAUAUCUCCCAACAGAGCAGUAGGUGACAGUACAGAUCUGGUUUCUGCAAAUUUUCUGCAGUUUGUUGAAGGUUUCUUGAUGCCAGUGAAGAGGAACCUGAGAAGAUAAAACCAACAGCAUGAGUAUUUAAAUCCUCUAAACGGGCGACAUCGCCCUUUAAACCUGCCAGAAAGAAGAGUCCACGGUGCCCUGCCAGCCUGUGUGUGUGUGUGUGUGUGUGUGUGUCCUAAGUGGCAGUGGGAUGUGAUUGUAACUUGACCGAUGGGUCCGAUAAUUGUCGGCGUGCUCACCCAGCGUCAAGAGGUUCUGGCUCAGACCGGAACCUGCUGCUCAAUAUUUAAUGCAGCGUUCUGAUUCCCAGAGCUGAGGUGGACACACUGGCGUCUACUGGCGAAACACAAACACACACAGAUACAACACGAACAUGUACACAUCCCUGUGCUGUUUGCUGGUCUGUCUUUGUUUUUGAACUUUCUGUGCAGAUUGUUCUCUCUGCUCCUCUCCUGGACUGUUGCUUUACUCUCUCUUUCUCUCUCUCACUCUCUCUCUCUAUCUUUCUCUCACACACACACACACACACACACACACACACACACACACACACACACACACACACACACACACACACACACACACACACACACUCAGAGCAAUGCAGGGCAGUCCUGGUCUUCAUGUAUAAUCUAUGAGCUCUAAUGAAUGUUUAAAAAGUUCUGCACAAACCUGAGAAUCAGACAUUUUAAAGUAGCCUACUUAUCUCUCUGCCCGCUCACAACACCUGCAGUAAAGGGAAAGGCCACUGCAUUAAAGGGACAGGCCACUGCAUUAAAGGGACGGUCCUCUGCAUUAAGGGGACAGUCAGCUGAAUUAAAGGGACAGUCCACUGCAUGAAAGGGACAGUCAGCUGAAUUAAAGGGACGGUUUACUGUAUUAAAGGGACGGUCAGCUGCAUUAAAGGGACAGUCCGCUGCAUUAAAGGGGCAGUCUACUGCAUUAAAGGGACAGUCAGCUGAAUUAAAGGGACAGUUUACUGUAUUAAAGAGAAGGUCAGUUGCAUUAAAGGGACAGUCCGCUGCAUUAAAAGGAUGGUCGGCCUAAUUAAAGGGACGGUCAACUGCAUGAAGGGGAUGGUUCACUGCAUUAAAGGGACAGUCAGCUGAAUUAAAGGGACGGUCAGCUGAAUUAAAGGAACAGUAAGCUGAAUUAAAGGGGCAGUCCACUCCUUUAAAGGGAAAGGCCACUGCAUUAAAGGGAUGGUCCACUGCAUUCAAGGGACUUCCCAUUGCACAAUCCACUGCAUUAAGGGGACAGUCAGAUGAAUUAAAGGGACGGUCCACUGCAUUAAAGGGACAAUCAGCUAAAUGAAAAGGGAUGAUAAGCUGCCUUUAUGGGACAGUCCACUGCAUAAAAGGGACAAUCAGUUGAAUGAAAAGGCAUGGUCAGCUGCCUUAUUGGGACAGUCCACUGCAUUACAGGGACAGCCAACUAUAUUAAAGGGAUGUUUCCCUGCAUUAAAGGGACGGUCCACUGCAUUUAAGGGACGGUCAGCUGAAUUAAAGGAAUGGUUCACUGCAUUAAAGGGACAAUCAGCUGCAUUAAAGGGAUGGUCCACAUCAUUAAACGGACAGUCCAACACUUUAAAGUGACUCGAUUUAUUGGACAGACUGUAUAUUUUAUCUCAGGGACAGUAAUUAGGAGUUCAUCAGGUAUCACAGUACUUAUUAAUAACAUCAAUGUCACAACAUAAGUAUUUCACACACUUGAUCACUUUAAAACCUUUUAAAACAUUCAAACGCUUUUAUACCUUUAAACAACAAAAAAAGGGUUGAUGUCUCUCCUCUUUGGUCAGCAGGUUUUACUCAUUAAGAACUUUAAUAUAAUCAGCUAACCUGUUUAUUCUGUCCCUCUGCUUUUACACACAGAUACUCUCUCCUCCUCGCUCCUCCUCUCUCCUCUCUCCUCCUGCUCCUCCUCCUCCUCUUGCCGUAUGUUCUCAGAAGGUCUGAUGUCCUCUGUUGGUCCUCCUCCUCUCUCCUCUCUUCUCCUCCUCUCUCCUCCUCCUCCUCUCUCCUCCUCCUUUUCUCUCCUCGCUUUUGCUCCUCUCUCCUCCUUCUCUCCUCUCUCUUGCUCCUCUCUCCUCCUUCUCCUCCUCUCUACUCUCUCCUCCUCACUCCUCUCUCCUCUCCUCCUGCUCUCCUCCUCCUUCUCCUCUGUGUGUCUUUAGAAGUUCUGAUGUGCCCUGUUGGUCCUCCUCUCUACUCUCUCCUCCUCACUCCUCUCUCCUGCUCCUCUCUCCUCUCUUCCUGCUCUCCUCCUCCUUCUCCUCUGUGUGUCUUUAGAAGUUCUGAUGUGUCCUAUUGGUCCUCCUCUCUCCUCCUUCCUCUCUCCUUCCUCCCUCCUCCCCCUCUCUCCUCCUCCUCCUCGUUGUCUGUCUUCAGAAGGUUCUGACGUCCCCAGUUGGUCCUCCUCUCUCCUCCUUUCCUCUCUUUUCCUCUCCUCUCUCCUCCUCCUCUCCCUACUCUCUCCUUCUCCUUGUCUUGCCGUGUGUCUACAGAAGUUCUGAUGUCUCCUGUUGGUCCCCAUCUCUGCAGGUCUGGAGGAGCUGGUCCUGUCAGAGAUCAGCAGUCCCAGUCGGACUCAGCAGACUGGAGACUCGUCUUCUGUCUCAUCCUUCUCUUAUAGAGACAUGAUGAAGGAGUCCCAGACAACCAAUCAGAACAAAGUAGGUGGAGCCUCGUAAAUGUUUCCAACACCAGUCCUAAAAACUUACUCCUGUUUUCCCUCCAUCCGUCGCUCACCCUCAUGUGACUUUCUCUCUCGGGGUCACGACCUUUGUGAAAUAGUAUGACCUUCGAGUUAUGACAGCUGUUACCGUGACGACAACACAUCCCAUCAUCCCUCUGCCCCCCCCCCUUUAGAUUUUACAUUUGUUUUCUCUGGAGGGUUUAAAGAUCCUCUGGCGCUUUUAUUUUUAGCCUCUUUACUGUUUCAUCACUGUGUUAGUGUGUGUGUGUGUGUGUGUGUGUGUGUGUGUGUGUGUGUGUGUGUGUGUGUAAGAGUGUGUGUGUGUCUAUUGAUAGAAACACUGUAAAUAGAGCCGCUAGCUUGAGUUCAUGGAGCUGAGUGUUUCUAUCUCGUCCUGUGGGGUCAGUUUACUGUGGUAGUACGGUCGUCAUGGGCAACCGCAUCAUAUGAUGGAGCAGAGUGUGUGCUAUGUGUGUGUGUGUGUGUGCGCGCGUGCGCGGCAUCCUGCUGCUGUGAUAUUUCCCAUCAGACACCUGUGAGUCUGCAGCUUUGAAGUGAUCAGCUGAUUUUAAAGGUUUCCAUCCUCGUCUCCGUGGUCAUCUCUCUUUCCUUCUGGUUCUGGUCCCGUGGGUUGGUCCAUACGCUCACACUCAGUAGAUCUCCAGCAGGAAGUGUGCGCUGACAAUCAGGAAGGAUCUGAAUCUGUUUGAAAGCCUCCUGAGAAAGUCUAAAUGCGUCCCCCUCUCUGGGACCGACUCCUCAUCUCUGCUCCUCCCUAAAGAAACCUCCUUGUUGUGGAGAUCGAUGCUCAGGUAGAACCACAGAUUCAGCUCCAGAACUGGGUUUCUUUUCUGCCACAUCAGGUCUGAGCGCCCUGCAGCUCAGUCCUGAGGCGCUGUGUUUGUGCAGUCCGUCCAUCUGUUCUUCCCGCUCUGGUGAAGAUGAUAUUUUAGGAACGCCUGGAGGACACUCGCUCAGAUUUGUCCAAAACAGUCCACCUCCACUUCAGGAUGAACAGAUCAGAUCUCAGCGCUCAAAGGUCGGACCUCGAGCCUUAACGAGGGCACUUUCCUCCACGAAGUGAGCUUGGUUCAUGUCUGUAUGAGGACAGAUGUUCACAGGACUCUGAUACCAGAAUCUGAAAUGUCCUGAAUCUACUUCUGUUAUUUACUGCACCAGUUAAAAAAAAAACAAAAAACAAGGACCGGUUGUGUUUGUGCCCCAUAAGGCAACGAAGAGUCGAGGAUGAACCAUCUUCAUGAGGAGAAACUUAAAAGGUUUUGAUUCAAACACACACGCACACACACACACACGCACACACACACACACAGCAGGGUUACAGCUAAAACCCACAGGAUCUGGCCUGGCAGGUGGUUCAUAUACACAAGCAUUAAAGUCGAUGUGUGUGAUUUCCCAGAAUCUGUCCGCCAUUUGGCUCCAUUGCGGAUCAGCUCUUGCGGUGGGAUCAGAUACGCAAGGCUUCUAUUUUUGCCGGACACUGCAGCACGGCGCAUCAAUUCAGUGCAGCGCAGCGCGAGCAGUAGAGGAAGAUGUAUGUGGUUACGGAGUAAAAUAUCCAUUAAUUUUCAAAAUAAAAUAAAGUCAAUACAUUAAACUGUUCUUAGCUUGCCAGUAGGAGUGGCCAGGGUUGUGGGAUAUGGAUGUUUAUAUACACCUUCAUUUAUAGAUCUCAACCAGUCUCGUGAGAAAUAUUGGUAAUCUGGCAAGAGCUUCUCCUCCGAUGGCAAAGCCGUUCCGGAUCCUGUGGGAGGUUAGAGGUUAGAGCUGCGAGAAUACGGGACAGCUGCAAUUUCCACUGCAUCCUGAAAAUUGCCGGAACAGCGGCGAUUUUCGCCGUCCGCCAGUUCCUACCAAAUCCAUUUGUGAGGCGAAUUUUGUGGCGAAUUAUGGACAGAGGUAAUCAUAAGAACUCACAAGAACCCGCGGAUUCACAAUCAAUCACGCAAUGAGUUGUCUCUAUAAAGACAGCCACAUAGACAUAUAAGCAGUAGAUUGUGUCCUUCCAGAGGAGGAAAUCUACUUCUAGACUUCUAGAAUCAGCAUCUCCUCAUCCAUGGUGUCAUCGGGGUGAAAUGACGUCUAAAAAAAUUUCACUUGUUCGUCUCCGCCUGUUUGCAUGGUGUGAAAUACGAUCCUCCUGAAACACGGAGUGUUUUAUUUUGAAUUUUUCACAUUUUCCUUUCCAGCACGGGUUAAACUGUGCUGAAUUUAUCCAGCAUGCUCCGGCUUCCGGAAAAAAUAGAAGUCUUGUGAUCAGCUGUGGAGUCCGGCUAUCAGCAAAGGAACGGAAAGACAGCUGUCUGUCUGUCUGUCCUGAUGUUUUUUUAGUCUCUGUGUUUUUGUCUGUCUGUCUGUCUGUCUGUCUGUCUGUCUGUCUGUCUGUCUGUCUGUCUGUCUGUCUGUCUGUCCGUCCGUCCGUCCGUCCGUCUGUCUGUCCUCCUGACGGUCUUUUAAGUCUCUGUGUUUUUGUCUCCAUGUGUCCAUCAGUCCGGAGGAGGCAGCCCUCAGUCCCAGCGUCCGGCUGAACUCUCCGACGACGAGGUGGGAGAGUUAUUCCAGAGACUGGCCGAGGUUCAGCAGGAGAAGUGGAUGCUGGAGGAGAAGGUGAGGAGAGACCUAUGUUACCAUGGCAACCACAUAUCACAUGGCCGUGAUUUGUCCGUCCUCCUCUUGGAUGUCCUUAACGCUCGGCCAGACGCUCCGAGUCAAGGAGAAAAGUAGUUUUAGUUUUUGGAGUCAGGUUUGUGUUUUGGAUGUUCAGAUGAAUUAUUAAUGUUCUGUAAAGUUCUGCUGUGGACCGGAGCCGCUGACCCAGCACAGAGUCCUCUUUAUGGUAAUCCUGAUUCAGACUCUGGAGAGAAACACAACUGGACGCUCUCAGGAACUCUGUUACUGCGAGAACUUUCAAAUCAUCACGUCAUCAAAUACGUGUCGAGGUCCAACAGCUGAGCGGUCCAGUUCAGUGUCCCCAGAUAGUGGGUCACCAGAACCAGCCCAUAAUGAAGAAGUGUCCCAGGACAGUCAGGAGUCACAGAGUCACGGCAGAUCAGGCUGUUUUUAGUGCAGGACUUUUACUUUGAAAGGGUCUUUAGGUCUGAUUGACUUCCUGUUCUCCACGGUCAGGUCAAACACCUGGAGGUCAGCUGUUCGUCCAUGGCUGAAGACAUCUGCAGGAAGAGCGCCAUCAUCGAGACCUACGUGAUGGACAGCCGCAUCGGUAACACACACACACACACACACACACUCACCUUUAGAGCUCCCCCUGCUGUCUGUCUUGUCAUAAACCCCGCCUCCUCCUCCAUGUGAACAGGUGGGACAUCAAAUUCAGGUCCAGGUUGAUUGGAUUCGGGGGGUGUGGUUUCAUGAUUGACAGCUCUGUUGACCAAUGAGGCUCCUGCAGCUGAGAGACUUUAAUAACUUUAUUUGAACAGCACUCAUAAAAUCAUGAGUUAGUUGAAAGUGUGUGAACAUGCGGGUGCCCAUUUAAGGAUUUUUCUCCUCACAGUGGGACGAGUCGAAGACGUGCUCACUCUAUGACAGACAGGAAAUGGUUAAAAAGCCUCAAACGCCUGAAAACUUUCCACUAAGAGCGUUGGGUUUUCUUGGAUAAGAACCCUCUGGACCCAUCAGAACUUUUAGUCGGGUCACGAAGUGAGAUUCUGUGACCAUCCUCUGGCAAGGAUGUUUUGACGAUUGAUUUGACCUCUAUGGACCCUUUAGAAAAGAUUUAGCCCCCAGGUCCCUCGCAAAAAUCCUGGCAUUUUUUGCUAGACAGCUAAAUUCAAGAUGGCGGCCGGCGCCAUCUCUAAAAAUUAACUUUUGAUCUGGAUGGCCUAGAAUCAUGAAUGAAGGCACUUUUCCAUACAAGUCAAGCAUGAGGAUUCCAAAUCUGACAUCGUUUUAAUCAUACAACUUUGUUUUGACCGCGAUAUUCAAGAUGGCUGCCAUCCAAUACUGUGAUUCUCAAGCUUUUCAGGACUUGACCCCCAAAACAAUCAUAUUUGAACUGGGUAACCCCCAAUUUUUUUGACUCUGUUCCACAUAUAGAUAUUGUGAAAAUAGCAGAUCUACAAGCCCGUAAUACCUUGUAUUGUGAGGCAUGUGAGCUUGUAGAUCGGCUAUUUUCAAAAAUUUUUUGAGCCCACAGUGAGAGGAGCUACACAUUUGAUCUGUAAAGACAGUGUGCAGGUAGCAUACAUGGCUGCUUGAAUAUGUAAGAAAAUAAUUUACCAACAGGGACAGACAGACAGUCAUGUAUUCUCCAGUGUGGUAGUCUGUGUAAUGAAGCCACAGAUACCAUUAAGUCAACCCAGAGAUGGGAAAACAUAAAACACAGGGCACUGUUAUGGAGUGGCCUUGACAAGUUUGGACAUGUCUAUACAACUGUCGAUUGGGAUAAAGGUCCGGUUGGAAAAUGUGUCCAUGAAGCAUGUAGGUUGACCCUAUUCAAUUCUAAUAAACUGUAACAAGCCAAAAAAGACAGAAAAAACAAAAGAGUGAAGAAAUCCCAUCUCAGUCUUCUUUGUUGGAUGACUGUUCCACAGCUGCAGAUCCACCUGCCAAACGACUGUUUGUGUUUUGUGUUUUCCCAUGGGAUUCCCAUUUUGGAAUCCUCAUGCUUGACUUGUAUGGAAAAGUGCCUUCAUUCAUGAUUCUAGGUCAUCCAGAUCAAAAGUUAAUUUUUAGAGAUGGCGCCGGCCGCCAUCUUGAAUUUAGCUGUCUAGCAAAAAAUGCCGGGAUUUUUGCGAGGGACCUGGGGGCUAAAUCUUUUCUAAAGGGUCCAUAGAGGUCAAAUCAUUCGUCAAAACAUCCUUGCCAGAGGAUGGUCACAGAAUCUCACUUCAUGACCCGACUAUUUGAGUCUGAGUGUCUGAGGAACCUCCUGGAGAAGCUCUUCAGACAGUCGUUCACAAACAGAGGAGAAGAGAAAGAGCUUCAGGGAGCAGGUCGUCACUUUGAUCUGUAGCUUCUAUUACCUGAAGAACACACCUUUACACCUCCUCCGUGUUCUUAUGAUGAGGAACAUUCUGGAGAGCAGGAAAACAUUACGAGUCUGAUGGAUCUGAUCAAUACGUUCAAUCAAUGUUUUCAAUGGCUUCACCCAGCGAGGAGGCAUACUCUGUCCAUUCUAUAAACAGUCUAUGAUCUAUAUCUAUCAGAUCUAUGUGGUUCAGCUCUCUCUCUUUUCUCCCUCUAAGGUCAAAGGUUCUAUCUUUAUUUGUCUGUGUGUGGUAAUGCUGACUGAGUCUGUUUUUAACAACUCCUCAAACAUCAGCUGAUUUUGUUUUUUUCAUGACCCCCCCCCAUUUCUCAUCAGUUGAAGUUCAGUUCUAAAUUCUUUAAUUCCAGUUUUCAGUCCAUUUUCUUUAUCUUAGGUGAGAAUCAAACAUCUGAGAACUCUGAUAGGGAGGUCUUUACUGAGGUCUAGUAAGGCCUAACGCCUGGUUCUCACACUGGAAGCGCCGCGCGCGGAAACGAAGCGCCGCGCACAGAGUUUCAGAUCGGCGCCCAUGUUAACCUAUGAGACUGUUCACACAGCUCGCGCGCGGAACGGCUCGCGCUCUGGAGCGCGGCUGCUCCGCUUCUCUCUAUUUUUGGCGCGAGCCGAUGUAAAGCUCAGCAGAGCAGAUCGGACCAGACAGGAAGUCAGGAAGGAGAUGCGAGAGAAUCCGGUCAAUUUUCAAAAUAAAGUAAAUUUCAAUAAAUUAGAAAAGGAUUGACGGUGUUGCUUGUCGGUCUAUUUUUUUUACCGAUGAACACACACACACACACACACACACACACACACACACACACACAAACACACACACACACACACACACAAACACACACACACACACACACGGAGGGAGAGCUGCAGAGAUUCAGUGAUGUUAUUGAGACAAAGGAGGGGUCUUUAUUACGAUAGAGUCAAUAGCCUCGAGCUAACAAGGCUACACAUACAACGGAGUCAGCAGACUCCCCAAUUCAUUCGUUGUUUACCCCUAAAUAAGAUUUUAAAACAAUACUUGAAGAUGCUGCCAAUAUUUAAUUUAUGUAUGACGAAAUAAAAACGUAAAUAAAUAUUGAUUUACCCAUUUUUAAAGCGCUCGUAAGUGUGGAAAACUGAGGGCAGACGGAAACGGCCGAGCACUGCCGGGCUCAGUCGAUGUCUGAGAAAACGCUUUCUGUGUGAACAGCCAAGCGCGAGCCGGAGCUGCGCGCGCGCGGCGCUUCCGUUCCGCGCGCGGCGCUUCCUGUGUGAACCAGACGUAACACAUACUCUCCCAGUAUCUAAACUGGACCUGAUCUGAGGACCAGAACUGAGCUGUACCGAAACUCUGCUUUCCUCUCCUCCUCCUCCUCCUCCUUUUUCUGCUGUUUUCAAUUUCAUGUCUGACUGGUUUGAUUCUCUCUCUCUCUCUCUCUCUCUCUCUCUCUCUCUCUCUCUCUCUGUCUGUCUCUCUCUCUCUCUCUCUCUCUCUCUCUCUCUCUCUCUCUCUCUCUCUCUCUCUCUGUCUGUCUCUCUCUCUCUCUCUCUCCUAUUAAGGCUGUAGUAAUAAUAGUAAAUCUAAUGGUCAGUAAAAGAGAGCCGAGCUGCUGCUGCAGGCCGGACUGAAAGUGUGUGUGUGUGUGAUGAAUAUUUGAUACUGCAGCUGUUUGAACACACACACACACGCACACACACACACACACACGCACACACACACACACACACAUAUGUAUAUAUACAGUAUAUAUAUAUAUAUAUAUCCAGUUAAAGCUUGUGGUGGAAACCUGAGCGUGUCAGAGACAGUUGAGGCCCUCAGAGUUUUUAAGUAUCGGUUCGACAGCAGGGGGCCACAUGACAGUCUUCUGGAGUCCAGAGUCCGUCCUGAGGAGGUUCUGUUCGCAAUUAUUCCGGAUCUUCUUUAAAUGUUGAACCUGGAGGUGAGUUCUGGGUUCAGCAGAGUGUCCAGCUGUUCGCCUGCAGGUGAACACGUUUACAGGUGUUCAGCUCUUAAAUAUUUACUACACACACUCUGCACUGUCAGCAUGAACACACACACAGCUGCUGACUCUGUGUGUGUGUGUGUGUGUGUGUGUGUGUGUGUGUGUGUGUGUGUGUGUGUGUGUGUCUGCCACCUCAGGAUGAUCAGUAUCUCUUCUUUUAUUUCUUCAUUUGUUUUUUCUCCUCCGUCUCCUCUCUUUUAUGUCUCCUUUUAGUGUGUGUGUGGGUAUGUGUGUGAGUGUGCUGCAGUUUCUUUUUAACACACACACACACACACACACACACACACACACACACACACACACACACACACACAAAGCACAUUCACUGAGUUUUUAUUCACAUCACCAGAGAGAUAAACUAGAUAAUCUCCUUCUCUCCCCCUCUCCUCAUCUCCUUGUUUCCUUGUGUCCUUGUCUCCUCAGAUGUGUCAGGCAGUGCAGUCGGGGGUCACGGAGGCUCUCAGGGAGACAGAGGAGGUCUGGGCUCGGUCCUCAGAGAUCUGGUCAAACCAGGAGAUGAGAACCUGAGAGAGAUGAACAAGAAGCUGCAGAACAUGUUGGAGGAGCAGCUGACCAAGAACAUGCACCUGCAGAAGGUGAGAGAGGGGGGAUUCUGGGUAAUGGAGUUCAGACCACCAUUCCACCGUUAAACGACCCAGAUGGUUCUGAGGUCCUCCUCACUCCCUCGUUAUGGUCCAAUCAGCUGAACUCUGUGAGCAGAUUUAUGACUUGACAUGGAGCAGAUUUAACCCUUCAUUCCUACCCUGUCUGUUUUAAGGCCAUUUGUCAUUUUUUUUCCUCUUUAUUUUGAACUGACAGUCACAUUUUUAAAGAUUAGAAAAUCAAAUUUGGUGAGAGUUCUUGUUUUUCUUCAUAUAAAAAAAAAAAGGGGGCCACCUGUAGUUCUCUGUCACCGCGUUCUAGCUCCACCCACCCUCCUUUGUCCACAAAUCGGACAAUAGACUUCCAUUAAAAACCCAUUUUUUGACCGUGUGCUUAUGGAACGAACAACAUAUUACAACCUUUUUUUUUGCAGUCUGUCAAUCACCAGCGCUCAAAAUUUGACUUUACGACAGUGAUACAGCAGAUUGAGCCAGCACAUAAUUUUAACCCCUUCAGUGCACGCAAGUCUUCAUUCAUGGACUGAGAGUGUUUGAAGCGCUGAUUCAUCCACUAAACAUCAUCAGAAAUUAAUGAAACUUUACAUGACACUAGAUAUGGAUGUCUAAGAGUGGGAUAUGUGUGUAAGGAAAAGUUUGUGUGCUCCUGCCUGUGUGUACGGGUGCAAAUCUGCGUCCAUGUUUAUAACCGGGCAUGCCGUGAGCGAAACUUUUACCGUCGAAAAUCCGACAUCCAAGUUCUGAAGUGUGGGAUAAAGGAUGAAAUUGUUGAAGAGAUAUGAGUCGAUAAAAGUUUUAAAAAAUGUUUAAAAAUGAUUAUUUUAUGAACACUUAUCUGAAUGUAAAGUAGGCUGGAGGGUUAAACACUUUGCAGCUCAUUCAUUACCGGUCCUGUAUAAUAACAGAAAACUGUCUCUGUCUGCAGGAUCUGGAGGUUUUAUCCCAGGAAUUAGUCCGUCUCAGUAAGGAGAAUCCAGGUGGAAGUACAGCUGGGUCAGGAUGAGACUAUCACCUGGAACCCCGUCAGUCCAUACCUACUCUGCACAUCUGGAAAGUGUGGACUGGAUUCUGACUAACACCUGGAAUCUCCCUCUCUUCCAUUCCUCUCCUCUGUGUCCACAAACCUCAGACCCGUCGUGGCUUUGACUACUGUCCGGAGUCACCGUGAUUUCACCACCUCCGCCUGACUGCUGAGCUAUGACUAAAUGCUGGAAUUUGUCCAUCUUUUGUGUCUCAGUGUCGAAAAAAACAAAAGACAUGAAGACAUACUCAGCCUUUUCUGUUGCUAUUGAAUGUACUUUAAUUAGACUGUACCGCUCACUUCUUUUGGUUCCAGGAUAUAACCGGGAGAAAAACCGUUGUAACCGACUGCAAACUGCAAAUCACCUGUUUCUGUCUCUCUGUCACGGUCUGACUAUGUCCUGGAAUUCAAGCUUUUAAUAUGUUGUGACUCUCUGGGUAUUACUGCUCUAUUUCCUGGGACUAUUUCAGUGCUGAUCCAAGUGUAACUCUAAAAACCACUUUAUCCUAGUCAGUUGGACUUUGAGCACCAGUUAGAUAUCUUGUGCAAACAAGAUUGCAAGUCAUCUUGCUUGCACAGUGUGUUAUUUUACAUGAGGACAUUUGUCAGAUGAUAGUCCAUCAUAGUUCAUCUGUCAAGAUCAUUUUUUGUUCUCCUAAGAUAACUGAACAAGAUAACUCCCCGCAAAAUAACGACCUGUUUGCCAUCAUUAAAAUCUGGUUUCAACAAGAUACUGACUUCUGUGCGCAAGAUAAGUCAUCCUGUUCUGAUAUGACAGAAGACCUGAACUGAUGAAAGUUUUCAGGUGGAUAUCUUGCGUACACAAGAUGCUUAUCUUCAGGGAUCAGGUCAUGAUGUUGUGUGCACAUUUGAAGGUAUCUUGCUCCCUCCUAAUAAAACCUGUGGUCUCUGUAAGGAUCUUGUUGGGGACCCUGGACCUUCUUCACGCCAAGAUUUCCUGCCGUGUUCGACAGUUGAGACAGAAGGCAGAGAUUUUUACCAAAUUUUUUUCAUUUCCGGUUCAAAGACUCCGCCAAUUGUCUUCUCUACCUUUGGUUCUCUAACAUAAGUCAGCCAUGGCUACGUCCUGGAGCACAAACACUUUGUGUUUUAUUUAAAUUUGCAGGUUAUAGUUGGCCAUGGAUAUUUCCUGGAGUCCAGGCUUCACAGCUUUGUGUCUUCGUCUGUUUCUGUGAUUUUUCUGCACGUGUCGAUUUUUUAUUUAUUACUGAACUCGUCGUUCUCAACAUCAAGUUUUUGUCCUUUUUCACGCACAAUAUGUCAUUUUAUUUUUCCAAAUGAAGAACUGAUCGAUUAUUUGAUUUGAUUUGAUUAGAUUAGAUUUUUUUUUUUUUCAAAGCAUGAAAAUCAGAAAAUGUGAGAAAAUAUUUUAAAAUCUCUUUGAAUUUUGUUUGUUUUGUUUUGUGGUAAAACCUGAAAAUUAAAAACUUGUAAAGUGACUCUUCAGUUCAGAUUGACUUCGCUCUGGGAAACAAAAUGGCUCCAAACUCAACUAUUGGCUGUUUCUAUGUGAUGGCGCAGCAUUGUUAUCCCAGGGCUCUGUUUAUAUCCUGGGUCACACGAACUGUAAGUAAUUGCACUUUUUUUGUUAUUUGUGACUUUUUUUGAAUCCCUGAUGGGACACCAAAUGGUGCAGUAUAAAAAAGUGAAACUUUAAGCCCCGUCUGCUUUUUCUGCAACUGAGUUCUUUAGGAUUCCUGCCGGGCCGGUCUACUCCCUGCUUAAAUGAACAUAUCUUCAUGUUGUUGCUUUUAAAUCGGCUUUUGUUUCUAUGAUGAUCUGAAAAUGUUGACGCUCCUUUUAUGGACACUUCUACUGUCUGCUCUGCCUUUGUUUCUCCUCUUGGACUAUGACUAUGUCCUGGAUGCGAUAUUUUUUUUAAAAAUUCGCAUCCUGGAUAUGUGCUUGUAGCAGACGGUUGUUUUUACAUUGUAUCUGCCUGUAAAUUUCUGCUUUUUUUUGUUCAGGUUUUUACAGUGCAGCUCGCACUUCAGAGGACAGUCUCGUUUAGAGAAAGUCAAACUAUGAUGAGAUGUGACUCCAACGUGAUGCUGAAACUCUCUGUGAGGUGUUUGAGCUGCACUGUAUAGACUCUCUGCGGGAUCGGUCUAUGUGCUGGGCAGUGACCGGCCUGCUGCUUUGUUUCGUUUGUAUGUUUAAGUCUGUAAAUAUUAACGCGCUGUGACAUGACUUCUAACUGUAUGAAGAAUCAACGGAUCUAUUUAUGAGACUGAUAUCCACCAUGACCCUAAUUCAUGUAACCAUGAGAAAAAUAUAAAAUAUCGUCUGAGAAAAUAAUGGAGAAGAACAAGAGCGUCUGUCUGUGAUUUCUGUCCUCACACAAACAUCUUUAAUUUUUAUUCUUUUUCAGUUUUUCACCUUUUUAUCAAGAGACGAUUUGAUUCGCUAAUAAAUCAGUGAGCUCAUCAGAAAGAGAGCAGCCCUAAAAUCUCACCGCGCUAGGAAAAGUCAGUUUCCUAAAGUUUUCUCAUUAAAUCAGAUAAAUGCUGACUCAAGUUUGUUCUCUUUAAUCUCUGCAGGUGACUGUAUAUUAGCCCUGUGAUUUGACUCCGCCCCCUUCAUCCUUCCCACAAUUCCCUCUGUUUUUUGUUCUCUGUAAAGUUUGCUGAUGGAGGUCGAGUUCAGGGUUUCUCAGCAGGGAGACGCAGCCUCAGCGCUAAUUAGCUGUCCGCUACUUCCUGUCCCGCAGAGAGGAACAGAUUAGAGAGGUGACUGCUCACCGCCGACAGGGUCUGCCUUAACGAGAUAGCGUCUGAUUGGUCAGGCCGCGGGGUUAAUUGAAGGGGAGGAAGUGAUGAGUUCUUUUGAAUGUGUCUUUAAUUAAAGGAAAGCUCCAAGGGAGGCAAAGCGCUCCGUUUUCGAAGUAGGUGGAAAUUGACAUGUUAACUUGAAUGGUUACGAUCAGCUACGAUCAGAGGAUAUGGCCUUUUCAUAGAUGUUCAGGAUGCCGUGGAAAUUGGCGGUCAGGUAGACAGAGGAGGUCUGGGCUUGGUCCUCAGAGAUCUGGUCCAACCAGGAGAUGAGAACCUGAGAGAGAAUCGUUUCAUUUCGUAGUCUAAUCGUUUCUCAAACACAAGUCCAAAAACCUGCAGCUCCUCUCCUGUCCACUAGAGGCUGUGUCCUUUAGUGAGUCAGUCCCCAUAGAGUCCCAUAUAAAUCCUUACAGCAGAGACAGACAGGAACAGUCAGGUCCAGGUCUUGGGAACCACGUCUCCACUAAUCCCGGUCUGCCCCACAUGAGAGUCUACAAACAUGAACCUGCUGGGUGGACCGUGGCCUACAGCAGCCAACAUCUAUAUGUGUUUAUGUAUAUCAUAUAUAUCUAUAUUUCUAUGUCUACAUAAGAACAAGAGCCUGUAUGAGGACAGCAUGGUGACGAAACAGGGCGCCCUGAUCGCCGGGGAAACCGGAGGGGCGAUCCCAUCAUGUCUGACAGGCGGGAGUGAGGGGGUGGAAGUCGGGGGGUUACAGAGUUUAAAAUAUUUAUAAGUUUUCUCCUGCAGAGGCAGUCUAAAUAUAGACCGUGUAAAUAUAGACCGUGUGUGUGUGUGUGUGUGUGUGUGUGUGUGUGUGUGUGUGUGUGUGUGUGUGUGUGUGUGUGUGAUGACAGGAUCCAUCAGUUUGUUUUUCCAACAACAUCUGUGACAGCACACCCUCUGAAAGAAAACACUACGCUCUCCUUUAUUCACAACAGAAGAAGAACAAGACAGUGAACGCACCACCAGCCAUGUAACACUGCACCUCAGUGGACAGUGAACGCAUCAUCAGAGAGAGCGUUCAGGCGCCGCCAUCGAAGAGCGGCUAGUCGGAUCCAGGAGUGACAGUGAAGGCAUCAUGACAUGAAAUGAACAUGUCACAGCAGGAGACAGUGAAGGCAUCACUUUGUACCGUCACAUCAACUUUACACCCAAAACCUCUAAAACAACCGACUUCUGUCUGCCUGUUCACACACACACACACACAUACACACAGUCAGAGUGCAGUGUGGGCCCCCAGAGGCCUCAUGUAUUGAUUGGACUCUCAGUGUGUGUAAUGAGAGCUGCUGCGUUUGUUUUUAGCUCCAGAGUGGGAGGAGAGAGAUGUGGCACUGCGGCAACACACACACACACACACACACACACAGCCAUAGGUCCAAUCAGAGCUGUCCGUGUCUUUAUAUAGACACACACAGUGAGCGAUGGAGGAGGCUGUAAUUGAGGAGAAACUGCCUGAGGUCUGAUUGCAUCAACACUCCACUCUUUAUACUCUCUCUCUCUCUCUCUCUCUCAUUCUUCUUUUCUUUAUUUCUUGUCUUUUUUAUUUCGAUGAGUCUGCUUUUAAAUUCUGGACUCCAUCUCAAACUUGAAAGAUUGAACGCAUCAUAUAUGAAGACAGUUAAUGCAUCAUAGAUGAAGAUACAUGUUGGCAUUAAUGACUCCCGGUGCCGCCAGUCAGAAGUCACUAAAUUGAAUAUGGAAUCGGUGUGUGAAUACGCCAAAACCAUGUCGGACUCUGUAGUUUUCUCUGGUCCCCUGCCCGAUCAGACAACUGAUGAGAUGUGAAGCCGUAUCUCAUCAUUCAACCGCUGGCUGUCGAGGUGGUGUCCGCAAAACGGCGUGGGCUUCAUUGAUAAUUGUAAGUCGUUUUGGGGCAAGCCUGGUUUGAUUAGUCGGGACGGCAUUCAUCCCACUCGAGAUUGGGGCGGUCCGUUUAUCCAGAAAUCUGGCCGAUUUUAUUAGUCCGAACCACUGACAACUCAGAACAGAGAUCAGGGAGCAGAGCUGCGGUCCUACACGCCUCUCUGCACCUCCUUUAGAGCAGCGUCCCAGCCACUAUCACUUAUAUACAGAGACUAGGGAGCAGAGCUGCAGUCUUACACGCUCCUCUGCACUCCCUUCAGAACAGCUUCCUAGCUACAAUCAGUUCGAUACAGAGAUCAGGGAGCAUAGCCGCAGCUCUACACGUUCCUCUGCACUUUUGUUAGAGCAGCCUCCUAGCUACUGUCACUUUAACCCUUGUGCACCCCUAAGGACCAUUUUGGUCCUCGUAACUAUACUUUUGUGGAUAAUUUUGGCUGUGAUGAUGCAAAUGGCAUGAAAGUUUGUCAAAGUGUGUAAUUUUAGGUGCAAUUUAAUCUUUUUUCUUUUUUCUUCCUCUGAACUUUUUUGCAUGUGAGCAAUUUUUAUUACUACAGUAGACACUUCUAAGGACCGAAACGUUCCCAUUGACUCCCAUUAAAAUAUGUUUUCUUCAAUACACUGCCAAUGCAGUAUAAUUUUUGGAUUUUUUUUUCUUCUCAUGUACACCUAUUCUUUGAGGGUCAAACUGUUUUUUUUUUUAUGCCGACCAGCAGAUGGCGCCAUUUUUCUUUUUUCCUGCCAUACCCUUUAGAACCAGAGGGGCACUGUUUUCCCUUUUUCACAGAGCUGGUUUAUUUCAUGCAGAUAGAUAGAUUGAUAGAUAUAUAAUUUAUUGAUCCCAAACUGGAAAAUUCUCAUGUUACAGCAGCAAAAAAAUACAAAAUAGAAUUAAAUAUAAGAAGAAAUAUGUACAAUGCAGACUAAAAAUACUAAAUAUAUACAAUGAAAACAGGCUAAAUAUACUAAACAUCUUCAAAACAGAGAGAAAAUAAAUUUAAUAAAAACUG